GCCGCCGCCGGAAGUGACGCCGAAGGGAGCCGGAGCCGAGGCGAGCCCAGCGGCCUCUCUCCUUCCCUCCCUGCGGUGACAUUUCCGCUCCCUCUCCGCUGGGCCGAGGAGGAGGAGAGGGAGAGGGAGAGGGCGAGGGCGAGCCGGUGGUGACGGAGGGAGGACACCCGGCCCCUCAUGCUCGAGCUGCUCCCUUCCGCGGGGCCUGAGGCCGGGAGGAGCUUCGGCGGCGGCCCUGGUGGUGAGUGACCCCCUUUCCCAAGCGGCCCUCCUUGAGAAUCCAGGCCCCACAGUCGGGGGGGGCACUAGCCGCCCCCUCGACCCAUAGGAAGGCUUGGGGGGUGGGUGGGUUCAAGAGCGCGCACGGCGGCAAGUUUUGAGGCUCUCGACCUUGGUCGGCCUCCGUUUUCGCCUUGUCGCCUGGCAACGCUUCAUCCGACCCCCCCCCCGCCUCAAAUCUUGAGGUUUAAAGAGAGGGGGCAGGUGGAGAGGAGGGCUGCUCUCUUUCAAACCCUCCCCCCCCCCAUUCGUUCCUUGGUGGUCCCUUUGCCCCCCUCACCACCUCAAAAGAAACCAGGACUUCUCCCCGGCGUGUAGCUGUUCAUUGGGGGGGGGUGCAUGCGGGCCAAGGGGGUCAGGAAGCAGAGACCACCCCCCUUAAGGAAACCUGCCCUGUCAGGUUUCCUUAAGAGGAGCUGGUUGGCAUGGCCCUGUAAUUCUGCACAAGGUUGAGAAAUGGGGUGGGGAACGUUAGGGCCAGGGGUUUUUUGGUUUUUUUGAGGGGGGAGGACUGCACCAGAUGUAGAAUUAACUAGCCAUGACUCUGCUGCUUCUCAUCCGCUCCAUGCGUAACCUUGAAAUAGUGAAAUGUCGAGGAAAUAGCCUCAUCUCCCCUCUUUUGUGUUUUCUUGGAAACUUAAGAAAGAAGGGGAUGAGCGGCUUUUCCUUGAGUCAGUGCUUCUUUGGGGGUGAUGGUUUUCUCACCUGUAGCACAUCACACCCACCCGCUCUUUUUUGCUUACCACCAUGGACACACUGGCUGCCUCUCUCUGCCUCCCCAACUUAAGUCUGUGCCUAAGGGACAUCAUCUCAGAAGUUUAUUCCUUUGGUUCCAAUGGGAUCUGUUGUUUAACAUGUAUGAUAAAGAAGUUCUUCUUGGUGGAAAGAGAGGGCCUAAUAGAAUAGCUGUGAGAGAUCAGAGGGGUGAAGUAUAGAUGGGGAACCUGGGCCUCUGAAUGUUGUGACUUCAACUCCCAUUACUUCCAGUUAGUAUGGCCAGUGGUCAAGGGUGAUAAGAGCUGUAGUCGAACAAUACCACAGAACCCUCACUCCUGUGGUAAAUGAAAACCAUGAGUCUCCUUCUAUGUGGGUAACUUUGUAAUCUUUCUUUCAUUUUGGAAAGAAGCAGGGAUGCCUCCUUUUCUAUUCACUAAUGGAGCUUAAUGUACUAGAGUGCGCUUUCCCCCAGAAACAAGAUUGCAGUGAUAUGUGUAUGUAGAGUAGAGUUUGCUUAGACAGUUUCUAUGGGACUCCCUUGGGGCAAGUUCAAAUGUAGAUAUAUUGGCCAGGUUUGUACGACACUGUAAACCAUAGUUUAAUUUAUACUGUGAAUAAGCUGAAUGGCCAACCUGCUGGUGUUUGCUGUUGAAAUUACAGGCACUUUGUGCCUCCCCAAUCCUGCCUGUCCAGAGCCAGCUUGGCUUCAUGGUACAAGUUCUCCAGUCAAACAGUGAGUGGCAAGGGCAAACAAACGGUUGUUGGUUUGGAGAAAGCAAACUAUGAGUAUGGGCUCGCACAUGAUGUGAAGCCUGCUUCUGCUUUGUUUCCUCCCUGGCGCACUGAAGGAAAGAGCUGGGGAGCAGUCAAGUGUGAUCUUCGGAGCAGCAGGCAUUAGCUUGCUGUUUGUUCACUGUAAACCGUUGUAUAUUUUAAACUCUGGUUUUAAGUGACAUGCAGUCCAGGACAUUCUUGUUAAUCCAUCCUAAUCCACCUUUUUCAAUUGAAAAUUAUUCCAGAUUGGUUGUUAGUUAUUAUUUCCUUUGCGGCAUGGUGAUCUGAUCUGUACUGACCUCCUAUCCCUCUAUAAGGCUGCAAAGAUAUUAGGUGUUAAACCUUUUCCCCUUGCCCUCUUCUCUCCCUCCCUCUCCCCAUUCCUUUGAAUAUUUUAUCUGCCACUGUUAGCAAAGGUGGAAACAAGCCAGAGGUGUAACUGAAAUACAACUGUCUGGCUUCAAGUAAAGAAUUCUUUUCAGCUGGGUUAAUGACAGUAAAUGAUAAAUAUAGCUGCUUUGAAUUUCUGUGACCUGACACAUUGCUCUAGUGAAGUUUAAUUUGUAGAUUUAGCAACUAUUUUUACAAGCCCUGUGGGCUGUUGAGUAAUAAUAGUGACUGCUGUAGGUCACUUAAUCAGAAUAAUUUAUAAUGUUGGAGGACAUCAUUUUUUAUUCUUAGAGCAAAAUGUAUGAUGUUAUUGAUGAGCCCAUAAUUCAGCAUCAACAAAUCAUUCAAAGCAAAUGUUCUUCCCGCAAUAGCCAGAGGACCACUACAUGCUUCUGUUUGUAGAAUGUACACAAAUUCAAAGGAGAGUUUACUAUUUUGCAAGAGACAAUAAGCCAGAUGUCCAUGGACAUGAUGGGUUUUUUAACAUUGGUGAGAGCUUUGAUGUAACAGGACAGCAGGAAUAGAGUGUGGAUGGGCUUUUCUUGCAAUAAUUGUGGAAACCCAAAUGUUACCUUCGUUUGAUUAUUAUUUCUAUAUACUUAGCUCAUUUUAAAUUAGUUCAGAAUUUAGAUAGCAUUCUAACAUUUGUUGCUUUUCAUUCGCAAAGUGUAACAUUCCAUAUUAAAGGGGCAAAAUGUGCAUACUUCAACAAUGCCAUUUUUUGCAUCAAGUGUUGUCUAGAGUAGGGCGGUCCAACUUUUCAUACCAAGUGGACCUACAGGACUUGCGGGCCACACACUGGCCUGUUGCGGAGGUGGGGGGGAGGCCAAAAUUUGUUAACCUCACUUGUGCUGCCUUCCAAAAGCUGGCUAAUGAGGUGUUGGACUUUGGGAAGGAGGUGUGAGGAUUCUGACAGGGUCCUACAGUCCUCCCAUCUGCUUCCUAAAGCUGAGAAAUUGCUAACCAGGCAGGAGUACUCUAGGACCUUGUUAGAGUCCUCAUUCCUUCUUCCCAAAACCAAGAGCCUUGCUUGACUUUCAGGAGCAAUUCUUUGGAGAAUGUGAGGAGCUGUUGUGGGAAGGAAGCCUGAACUCUCUCUUCUGUAUGAGUGGGACACCAUGUGCAGUGCUUUAUAUUCUGAUCUGUGACUACAGAAUGUGGGUUAGAAUCCCAAACGCAAAUGAAGAGCCUUCAUGUUUCAUUUAUACACAUUUUCUCUUUCUGUUGGAUUGACAGUCCCUAAGCUGUCACUUUCCCCUAUGUGGAUAGGACUACAGCAACAGUUAGUAUGAAAUGUUGUCUGAUAGUGCUGUUUCUACUAUCCCCUAGUGCUUGAAUGGUACUGGUUCAUUUUCUCAAAAGUAUUGCUGUUGCUUUUUUAAAAACACAUAUGUAGGUAUAUGAAUGUUGUUAAUUUGCAAAUGCUGUAGAGAAGGGGUAGUAGUAAUCUGCUGCCCUGCAGAUGUUGCUGAACUACAACUCAUCAUCAAUAUCAUCUCUUUAUUUGCAGCCAUCUGACCAUUUAAAUGUUUUAUAACAACUAACAAUUGACAAUUAAUAACAUUAACAAAGAUGCACAAGAAUGCAACUAAAAACACAGAAUUAUAAUGCUAGCAGUUUGUGUGUGUAUAUAUAGCCAUCAUAAGUGGUCUAAUAUGGAUGGCCACAUUCAAAAACUUUGCCGCUUGCCCUAUGACUGACUUAUUGGAGCCCUCAAGCAGACUGUAGAUCAGGCACCCCCAAACUCUGCCCUCCAGAUGUUUUGGGACUACAAUUCCCAUCAUCCCUGACCACUGGUCCUGUUAACUAAGGAUGAUGGGAGUUGUAGUCCAAAAACAGCUGGAACCCCAAGUUUGGGGACGCCUGCUGUAGAUCCUUCCUAGCUUCUUGUUACAAGGGCAGCAUUUAUUGUUCAUUUGUGGUUUUAUUGUUUCUGCCUUCUAAAAAAUUGAAAGGAAUAGCACGAAACCUUUCUGAAGUAUUGCGACUCUGGGGGAUCCAGCUUGUGAGGACAUUUUGAGUUCAUUUGCUGUUGAUAACAGGCUCUGAAUAAAAUAAGCUGCAUAAAGGACAAAUAUAUCUUGUUCUAAUUGUGGGGUUCUUUCCUUUGUACUUUAGUCUUCCCUAAAAGCAGCAGAAAUAUUUUUCUGUCUCAAGAGGGGAGUUCUCAACUGAUAUACUGAGAAUGACUGAGCAAUAAACUUGAGGAAUACUCUCAUGGUUCUUCCAUAGCUGGAGGAGUUAAUUAGUGUCUGUGUUUGGCUAGGUAUAAGGAUCAAAGAAUUAACACUGAAAUAUAGAAGGCUGCUCAAAUGUGUUAAACAUAGCUGCAAAAUUAGAUCUAUAUCAUUGAUUAUGAUAAUAACUAUGUUUUAAUAUUUUACCAAGAUUGGUGGUGAUGGAUGUUGGAUAACAUGAUCUGCAAAGCGCCUGCACUGUGUAGGAAGCACUUACGGAAAUGUUUCAAAGUACAUGUUUACUCUAGCCAAUAAAAUUGAAAAAUAUAUUAAAGGUAAAGAGAAGAUCAAGCUUUUUGGUGUCUUAGAGAAUGUAAGCAUUGCAAAUAAUGCUUCUUAAAUGGUUUUGAAACCUGACAAUUUUCGUCUUUGAAUUAUUUAAACCUCUGUCUCUUCAGGUUCUAAUUAUGGGACGCCUCAUCCCACGCUGGCUAGUGAAAUAAAAGAGAGAGGAACAGAAUAGGUGUACCUUUAACCAUCACUGUGAAAGUAGUUAACUGAAAUGCUAAAAGUGGCAUCUGAGGAAAUGCAAUUACACCUUCCUCCUUCCUCCUUUUGUAGUGUUUCAUUUUGCUUUUUUUAAAAGAGAAUAAACAUGUAAAGGCAAUUUCCUUCCAAAUGCCCAUUUUUCUUUGCAAAUAUAUGCCUUAGUUGCUAUUUCUCAGAGCUGCUUGUAGAAUGUGAACUUUUGAAGCAGAGAGACCAAGUAUAUGGUAAAAGGUCUUAGCUAUUCUGAGCAAUAUAACUGACGUGCUUGCGAUAUGUUGUUUAUCUGUGGUCAAUGAUAUGAGGAAGUUGUGUACCGAAAAGAGAAACUGAUCCAGAGUGGAUUUUUAUUACUUGGCGACUUCAAGUGUAAUUUUAUCAGCUCUUGUUAAUGGUGCUAAUUUCCUAGUAAUGUGUGUGCAUGUGCUUUUUGGAGGAUGGGAUGAAGUGUGAAAAAGACAUAGAGGAGAAGAAAAAGUGGGAUAAUUGGCUAUACUUAUCUAUUCACCUAGUUACGCUAUUCAGAAGUCCCCAAUUGCACUUGUAAUGUAGUUUUUAUUACUUUAGAUCAGAGGAUUUCAAUUUUUUUGGGUCCACGGCUCCCUUGACCAACUACAUUCUUUUUGCAGCACCCCUGUGGGGCUCAGGAGCCCAGUUAUGUCACCCCUUGCCUGCAGAGCUGGUAGCCCCUCACCUUUUUCAAAUGCCCUCCCUUGUGGAGUGUGCCUUCACCCUCCUCUCCUGUCCUUGGGAGUGCUUUGGGCAGCUACUGCCGCUGUCCCUGGUCUCUGAGCUGCCUCCCCUGCCCCAAAGAGAGGUGCCUCCCACUGCCCCACAGGGGCCUGGGAAGCACCCCCUGGCUAGCCCCAGAGCCACCAUUUUUCUGGAGAGCUGGAGAGCCAGGGCUGCUGGAACAAACAGCUGUGCAAGCCUUUGGAGGCAGAGACAUGAGAGGGCAUCAGAGGAGGGAAGGAAAGAGGGACAGAGGCCAGUGUUGCCCACCACACCCCUGACCAUCAUUCAAGGCACCCCAGGGUGCCACGGCACACUGGUUGGAAACCACUUUUUUUUAUUUAUAAACAUCCCUGUAUUUUAUAGACUGGCAUAUAGCGCUCAGUUUUCUGUUUAAAGGGUCCACAUUUAGGAAGGUAUUCAACUAAGCUUUACUCAGAACAGACCUGUUGAAUUUCAUGGCACUAGUUUAAUCAUGGGCUACUUUGAGUAAAACUUAGCUGACUGCCACCCCUAAUUAUUUAAGUGUAAUUGCAAAAAUAAAUGACAGCGUUUAGGAUUUCUUCCCUUCUUAUCUUGGGAUAGUGUUCAGUGUAGGGGAAUAGGCAAAGUGGUUGAUUUGGAUAUACCAGACCCAAUUUCAGUUGUUUGCUAUGUCAUUAAUUUCACUGGCGCCAUUAGCUACCUCAUAGCCAAACAUACCUCAAGUGGUUGUGAAGAUAAUGAAAAUUCUAGCUGUGCCACCUUGAGCUGAAAGAAAAGUGGAAUAGAUUUGUAACAAAUUUGGGUGUAGGAAGAGUUAAUGAACUUUCAGUUUUGGGGUUUUCCCCCCCAUAUAGCAAACAGUAAAAAAAACCAACAACCACAAAGCAAGUGUGACAAGUCUUUGUGCAAAACUAUAAAGUUGAAGGAAUUAAUGGAAACCUGCAUUAAAUGAAUGGGUAAAAAAUGGGGGGGGGGAUUGACAAAUUUGCAGUACAGCGGCAUUUAUGAAUUGGCAGCUUUCACUCUUACCGGUGCUGAUUCCUGUGCUUUCCUGAAAUGUCUAAAUCAAGGGUGGUAACUGAGGUAACAGCUGGCAGAGGAACAGUUAAGCAACCCCUCCCUUUCCCCCCAAGUCGGCUCCCCUGUGGAUGCCUUCCUCCACUUUGCACAUCAGCAGCAAACACAGGAUUGGGAAUCCUGCAGUUACCACCAAACCUCUGGUUUAACAGAGCUUAAUCAGUAAUAUGCUUUUUCACCCAUGCAACCCAACCCUGUGCAUGCUUAUGCAAGAGUAAGACACAGAGUUCAGUGGGACUUUCCCUUUGAAUAACUGUAUUUGGCUUAAGAGUUCAGCCCUAGAAAGGAAAGAUAGUUGAAGUUGGGUUGUUUUUUUUUAAAAAAAAGGUUCAUCUCCACUUCAGCAACCCCUCUGCCCACUUCAAUUUAAGAUAGAGCUUUAGUAUUGCUCUUUAGGGCUUAGAUAAAACUAAGAAUUAGAGUUGCUUGACUCCGUGGGUAUCACUGCUAUGAAAUAUCAUCCCCAAGUAUAUUUAUAGUGUGCUUUCAAAAGUGAACUAACGAAACCAGGUGAUAAAACAACGUGCUAAUGUCACUGCUUAUCUAUAUUAUUUAUAUUAGUAUGGCUUUUUUUUAAGAGUUCCACUACAGAAGUGCUAUUUUUAAUAGAACUAUUCUCCGUGGUGACGAUGAGCUUCUGCUACAAAUGUGAUAGCAAUAAAUACCUAGCACCGUAAACAUUGUCUGUCUUAGAAGCAAUCCAAGAUACAAUUUAUUUUGGGAUUAAUAAAUAAGAUGAUGCCUCUCAUAUCUGUUCCAGCAUAAACAGAGUCACUAUGCUAGCUUUAAGGUUUAGAUUGUGAAUUUACAAUACACGUUUUCCUACGUCAGAUACAGACUGCAGCCUACCGUUAUAAUCAAAAACUUCUAGACAAUCUGUUGUAUUCAGUAACUUGUUUUCAGGCAUGUCUUCUAAAGAUUAGUAUGGCUUUCCUUUUUGAGAGGAAGUGGUCAAGUACGGUGAAUCCCCAUGUGUUUCUGUCUAUUGUCAUUUGCAUUUGUUGCUUUGUAGAUACUGUGACUUUGGCUCGGUCCAAUGUAUUGUUUGAAAUAGGAAAGAUUUUCUUUAAAAAAAUUUUUUUUUUUACAUUGAAAAAAUGUUGCAGACCGCUUUGUCUUGAAGUCAAGGUUAGCUGCCUUUAAGGUCUGUAUAAGAGUUACCGGUAUGUGUCAGUGGAAAGCUUGUGUGCUUCUUAAUUUGAUUGUCUCAGAAUAACAUGACAAAGACACUCUUAUCAAUUUUAUUAUACUAGCUCAGCAACAAUAAUCAAACUAUGAUCUCCAUAGAAAUGUUGUUUUGUAAUAUUAAAAAAUACAUACUGAAAUUGUAAGUGGUGCAAUUUGGGUAUUUCUUUACAAAACAUCUAAACUUCAGGGAACCUAUUAAUUCAAGAUGUUACAGCAGGACUCGUUCUUGCACAAUUACAGUUGUUGCCCAAAGCAUACAGAAAUGAAGUAAUAUGUGUGAAUUUAUUUUAUAGCAUUUGUGUUUCACCUUUCCUCUAAGGAGCUCAGGGCAACAUGCAUAGGGUAAUCUCGUAUCACAGCAUCUCAGUCCAUAUUGGUAAUCUUUGUCAUUUCAGCCUGUAGCAGUAAAUUAGGCUGAAAGCUGGUGUCUUGCCCAGAGUCACCCACUGAACUUCAUGGUUGAGUUUGCACACGGGUCUUCCUGAUCUAACUCCCAGCACACUGGGCCCCAUUUAAGUUGCAUGUUGAAUUAAAUGUCUAUUUCCAAGGUUAUUUGACUUUCCCUUUCUUAAAGGUUCAUUGCUAGUUGCCAUACACACUCCUAACUCAGGGAUUUUUUAGGUGAUGUUAUCUACAGAGUUCUUUAUCCAGGUCUGUGGUUAAUUCUAAUUUAUGUAAAAUGCUUGCAUAAAUCUCACCAGUUUUCAAUCCAAAUUUUAGUGACCCAAAAGAUAGAAAGCUUGUCUUUCCUCAGAUGUUAGGGCCCUGAAGGUUUUUUUAAUUUUUAUUUCCAGAGCAGCAUCUUUUAGAUUUUAGUUGAUUUUCCUUUACUUACUGUGAUAAGAAAAAUCAAGGCAAGAGCCUCUGAGACAUCUGUUUCUAAAUGCUUACAAGCUUCUAAUAUGGAGGCUUACAAAGUAAUGAGGGCACCCUUUGCAAAAAGUGUAUUAGCCCCCUUUGGCAUUUUUGUUUGUUUGUUCCAACCAAGCAGUCUGUUCUUACUUGGCUGUGUUUCAAAUGUAUUCUUCCCAAUUUUGUGUGUGCGUACUGCUUUGAUACUACCCAGUUUGAAAUGGCAUUGUCUUGGGUGCUAGUGCAGCCGUCCUUCGUUGGAACAAAAAGCGCAUAUUUCUCUAUACUUUACUGAUGGGAAGAGAUAAGUGUAUUUGUUUUGGAAGACUUUCGUCUUGUUUUGUAUCUGGGACUUACGUAAUGGCUUUACCAGAUGACUGACUGUGGGCUUGUAAUUGAGUUUCAUUUUAUUUUAUUAAUGUUUUGCCAGUCCAGGGGGAAAGGGGUGGAUGGGCAGUAUAGUCUAUGUUUUAUGGGUGGAGAGACGAUCAUUGUUGUUACUGAAGGGUUGCUUUAUGAUACUGUUAUUGUUCAAGUUCAAAUAGUGAAGGUUAGUGUUAUAGGAAGCUCUGAAAUAACUCCUGGAGCCUGGUCCUAAGGAGUCCAUCUGAGAAAAUGAUUUGGUUAUUUCCUGCCUCCUACUGGUCAGAGGGAAAAAGUAUCCAAUAUAGUGUGGCGCCUGCAGUAAUUGCAGGAGGACAACUUUGCAGGUAAGAGCCUAAGUUGACCAUUUCCUCAGUGUUCGAAAGUGGUCAGAAUUAUCCAUGUUUUGGAUAGUAAGGGGCCUGAAACCUGAACCAAGGAACUUUGGCUGAAUCUACUCCAGUCUCUACUUCACAGAUGCUAUUGUGUUGUCUCAAACAGCUAAGUAAUCUGUGCUUGCUUCUACAGUGGUACCUCGGGUUAAGUACUUAAUUCGUUCCGGAGGUCUGUACUUAACCUGAAGCACCACUUUAGCUAAUGGGGCCUCCCGCUGCUGCCACGCCGCUGGAGCACAAUUUCGGUUCUCAUCCUGAAGCAAAGUUCUUAACCUGAAGCGUAUGUAACCUGAAGCAUAUGUAACCCGAGGUACCACUGUACAAACAUCUUUUAGUUUUACAAGACUAUGGAAUUAUAGAAUGCAGUGGUGAUACUUGUUUACAUUUAGCAGGACUUCAGCGAAGUCUUGACAGUUCAGUUUCAAUGAGGAUUUUAAAAUCAUCUGCCAGUUUUCAAUCCACCCCCUUUAUUUGCCAGUUUUGCCUAGCUUUUUCAAUAAUGUGUUCCCAGGAAUAGCAGAGCCUGUGCUAUAGGAAGAAUUAUUAAAGUCUCUGUUUUAAUGUAGCCAGUGUGAUGAAUGGGGAAAGGGUAUGCUUUUUCAUGUGUUGUUUGAGAACAGAGUUUAAUGCAAGUCAGCUCAAUGCAGUCACCUCCAUUAACUGCUGAAAUUCAAAGUGUCAGUUCUUUGAGGAUGUUUAAGGCUAUGGGCUUGAACUAGAUCUUCUCUUUACAUGCAGGACUUCUCUCACUUUUGAUGGCAGUUGAUGAGUGCUUAAUGCUGCGCCAUAGAAUAAAAGCUGUAACUUUAAAAGUCUCCAAUAGAAAUUGUAGAAGCACCAUGCAGUAUGAUUAAAGACACCUUUUAAAAAAUCUGUAGCCUGAAGAAACAUCAUGCAUCACCUGUUGAAUUGCUUAUACAAUUGUUCUUUGGACAAAAUGCACCAACUGGUUUUGAUCUUUUAGCACUCUACAAAUUAAACUUGAUUUAGAAUUUUGAAUUCAGGGAUGUCCAGUUUUGAAAAUAAACCUUGACUAGGUACUAGAGCACUGUUAGUGAAAUUGUUAUAUCAGCUCAGUGAUAAGGGUAAACAGUGCUGAACCCUCUGAACUUUUAAAAAUAGACUUUGAAGGUGUAAUUUCUACUUCAUUCACCUCAUUGACUGUAACCCUUACCCUAAUGGUGAGCAUGUUUGGAAUUAUGUGACAGAUUUUUUUCUUGUAUGGUAUUAUCAAAUUUCAGUUUUUUUAAAAAAGGAAAGGAUAGAUUUUAACAAGAUCAUGAGAACUGAAGCCAGAAAUAAGCCUUCAGAGAGAGCCUGUGGCCCUCUAGGUUUUGCUGGCUUACACUGAUAACUCCCAGCAUUCCUGAUCAUUUGCCAUGCUAUCUAGGACUAAUGGGAGUCGUAGUCCAACAACAAUGGAGAGCCACAGGUUCUGCAUCCAUGACAUAGGUUAUAUUUGGCUUGAUUCUGUAAUCCCAUUGCUCUGGGUGGAAUUCAACAAUGCGCUAAGUUGAAUGCUCUGUCUGAGCAAGCUUACCAGAUGGAGUAAUCCCUCUCCUUGCACUGUUCCAGGAGGUUUCCAAAGCCAAUUUUGGAGUGGGCAUGGGGAGGAAAGGAGGGAAAACCCAAUUGCGUAAGUAGAAGCCUUUACACAGGGCUUCUCUCGGGACUGAUGAAUCCCACCCUCUGUUAGGUUGCUUUCUGUGGUUUGCUGAUCCGAUGAUCUUCCUUUCCUGGCCCGUAUAUCUUCUCCACUGGGGAUUUAGAAGCCAUCAAGAUCAUAACUGGAAACCAAAGAGAAAUGACAGCUCCUUUUUUUUGCUUCAACAAAGGCUCAAAGAUUAGAAUAUGAUAAGAAUGAGCACAUUGAUUUACCAUUCAGUUAUCAGUAGGUGCAGUAAUUUUGUAACAUGCAAUGAAAUGCACCAGUUGAAUGACUACCAGUUUGACACUUGGUUUACGAAAGCAGUUUAUUUUCCUGAAUCAUCAGGAAAAACUUGUACUAUCUUAAAGGAUGUAUGUGUGAAAAAACUGUGGAGCUGUUUAUUCUUAACACACACAAAGGCCCUGAACUGACAACCUACAACCGCAAGACACAUGCAGUUAUUUGUGGUAUCUUUAUACUGACAGGCAAAUGUUUACUUAUUUUAUAUUGCAUAUAUUUACGUAAGUGUUUACCUGUCAGUUAGUAGCAUUUCAGCUGUCAGAAUUUCAUGAGAAUAAUCCAGCACAAAGAUACAUAAUUGCCCAAUGCCAUUCAUUGAGACUUAACAGCAUGCAGAUAAAAUCUUAAUAGUUUACAGCAGAAGGAUUAGUAUCAUCAGGUAUUGCCCUGAGGUGAAAGCUUAUGCCAUGCAACCCUGCUGCCACUUCAGCUUAACAAGUCAAAUACAAUAUUGGUAGGAUAUGACAUCUAUUAGCUGUAACCUUGCAAAUGAUAUCUCCAAAUCUAUGAAUGCUACUUGUUGGAAAUAUUGAGCAGAAUUCCUAAAAUGUUGAUUGAGGUAUUGACUCCAGGAAUGUAGACAGAGAUGCUCAAAUACCAUUUUAGCAAUAUUUGGUGUCCUUAAAAGAGAACUGUUUCUUACCCCAGAGAUCUUAAUAGUUUAAUUGUCUAGACACUGAAGUUGGGAGGGAGAUGUCUAAUGUUGCAAUGUUAAUAUUUCAGAAUUGUUCAUGAGUUGGUUAUUUGUAAUACAGGAAAUGCUUCAUUUCAUAGCUUCUGUAACAAAGGGCAAAUAAAUGCACCUCCCUAUCACUGCAUUUUCCCUCUUGAAGCUGCGCUGCUUUUCCAGCCACAAAGUGGAAUGUCUCCAUUGCAUUGGUGUGAUGUACUACAUAGAAUGCUUAACUUGGGCCAGGGAGAUAUGAUUGAUUGAUUUUGAUAUGUUUGUGUGGCACAGAACACCCCAAGUUGACACAGAAAAAAUAAGGAGUUAUCAGUGGCCACUUGUGUUCUAUGUGGUGAUUCAAGGCUUAAAUUCCACCCUAAAUGACAUUUAUCAAACACAGAUGUGUCAGCAGUUCCAAGAAUAGGAUUCCUUUCUUGCUUACCUUCAUCCUUAUUUGUGUACAUCCUACGCCCAAGGUAGAUUGUCAUAUUGUGAGCCCUGUUGGAUCAGUCUGAUGGUUCAGCUAGUCUAGCAUUUUGUUUCUGGGAGGUGUGACAGCAAGAUGUGAAGGCAUUGACCCUCUCCUCCUGUAUUGAUCCCAGCAUCUCUUACUCAGAGGUGUACACUCUCUGACAUCCCAUUUAGCUGUUAUGGCUGAUAUCUGUUGAUAGACUCUUUCCUCCUUGAUGCUAAGCAGUUGAAUGGAAAAAACAAAACAAGAAGUACUAUUUCACACUACAGACUCAUAAGCAACUUACAAUUUCACUGCCAUGAUAUGUGGUAAUGACCACAAGCUUAGAAUCAUAGAAUCAUAGAAUCAUAGAGUUGGAAGAGACCACAAGGGCCAUCGAGUCCAACCCCCUGCCAAGCAGGAAACACCAUCAGAGCACUCCUGACAUAUGGUUGUCAAGCCUCUGCUUAAAGACCUCCAAAGAAGGAGACUCCACCACUCCACCACACUCCUUGGCAGCAAAUUCCACUGUCAAACAGCUCUUACUGUCAGGAAGUUCUUCCUAAUGUUUAGGUGGAAUCUUCUUUCUUGUAGUUUGGAUCCAUUGCUCCGUGUCCGCUUCUCUGGAGCAGCAGAAAACAACCUUUCUCCCUCCUCUAUGUGACAUCCUUUGAUCUAUUUGAACAUGGCUAUCAUAUCACCCCUUAACCUCCUCUUCUCCAGGCUAAACAUGCCCAGCUCCCUUAGCCGUUCCUCAUAAGGCAUCGUUUCAGGCCUUUGACCAUUUUGGUUGCCCUCCUCUGGACACGUUCCAGUUUGUCAGUGUCCUUCUUGAACUGUGGUGCCCAGAACUGGACACAGUACUCCAGGUGAGGUCUGACCAGAGCAGAAUACAGUGGCACUAUUACUUCCCUUGAUCUAGAUGCUAUACUCCUAUUGAUGCAGCCCAGAAUUGCAUUGGCUUUUUUAGCUGCCGCGUCACACUGUGGUCAACCAAGUUUGUGGUCAACCAAGACUCCUAGAUCCUUUUCACAUGUACUGCUCUCAAGCCAGGUGUCACCCAUCUUGUAUUUGUGCCUCUUAUUUUUUCUGCCCAAGUGCAAUACUUUACAUUUCUCCCUGUUAAAAUUCAUCUUGUUUGUUUUUGCCCAGUUCUCUAAUCUGUCAAGGUCAUUUUGAAGUGUGAUCCUGUCCUCUGGGGUGUUAGCCACCCCUCCCAGUUUGGUGUCAUCUGCAAAUUUGAUCAGGAUGCCCUUGAGUCCAUCAUCCAAGUCGUUGAUAAAGAUGUUGAAUAAGACCAGGCCCAAGACAGAACCCUGUGGCACCCCACUAGUCACUCUUCUCCAGGAUGAAGAGGAACCAUUGAUGAGCACCCUUUGGGUUCGGUCAGUCAGCCAGUUACAAAUCCACUGAGUGGUAGCAUAGUCAAGACCACAUUUUACCAGCUUCUUUACAAGAAUAUCAUGGGGCACCUUGUCAAAUGCCUUGCUGAAAUCAAGGUAGGCUACAUCCACUGAGUUCCUUCAUCUACCAGGCUUGUAAUUCUGUCAAAAACGAGAUCAGGUUAGUCUGACAUGACUUAUUUUUCAGAAAUCCAUGCUGACUAUUGGUGAUCACAGCAUUCCUUUCUAGGUGCUCACAGACUGUUUGCUUAAUGAUCUGCUCCAGAAUCUUCCCUGGUAUUGAUGUCAGACUGACUGGGCGGUAAUUAUUUGGGUCCUCUCUUUUCCCCUUUUUGAAAAUAGGGACAACAUUUGCCCUCCUCCAGUCUGCCGGGACUUCGCCUGUUCUCCAGGAAUUCUCAAAGAUGACUGCCAGUGGUUCUGAGAUCACAUCUGCCAGUUUUUUUAAUACUCUUGGAUGCAGUUCAUCUGGCCCUGGAGACUUGAAUACAUCUAAAUUAACCAAGUAUUCUUAUACUAUCUCCUUAGUUAUUCUGGGCUGUGUUUCCUUUGCUGAAUCAUUUGCUCCAAAUUCUUCAGGUCGGGCAUUGUUUUCUUUAUCGGAGAAGACUGAGGCAAAGAAGGCAUUGAGGAGUUCAGCCCUUUCUGUGUCCCCUGUUUGCAUUUCACCAUCUUCUCCUCUGAGUGACCCCACUGUUUCUUUGUUCUUCCUUUUGCUACGAACAUACCCAUAAAAGCCUUUUUGUUGCUUUUAACCUCUCUAGCAAGCCUGAGUUCAUUCUGUGCUUUAGCUUUUCUGACUUUGUGUCUACAUGUGCUGGCUAUUUGUUUGAAUUCCUCUUUGGUGGUUUCCCCCCUUUUCCAUUUUUUGUACACAUCCUUUUUAAUCUUAACUCAGUUAAAAGUUCUUUAGAUAGCCACCCUGGCUUCUUUAGGCACCUUCCAUGUUUCCAUCUCAUUGGUAUUGCCUGAAGUUGUGCUUUUACUAUCUCCCUCUUAACAAACUCCCAGCCAUCAUGAACUCCCUUUCCUUUUAGUAUUACUGUCCAUGGGAUCUCAUCCAGCACUUUCCUAAGUUUUAUGAAGUCGGCUUCAUAAAGAAAUUGAGUCCUAGUAUGCUUGGCUGCUCCUUUCCGCUAUAUAGUAAACUUCAGAAGAGCAUGAUCACUCGCGCCUAAUGAUCCUUCCACUUCUACCCCACUAACGAGGUCAUCAACAUUGGUUAGGACCAGAUCUAAAAUGGCUGUUCCUCUUGUUGCUUCUCCCACUUUCUGGACAAUGAAGUUGUCUGCAAGGCCAGUGAGGAAUCUGUUUGACCUUAUGCUCUUGGCUGAGUUUGACAUCCAACAAAUAUCCGGGUAAUUGAAGUCCCCCAUUACUACUAUCUCCUUCCUUUUGCAUGCUUGGCCAUCUGUUCCAGGAAGGCAUCAUCUAUGUCCUCCGUUUGGCUUGGGGAUCUAUAGUAAACUCCCACAAUGAGGUCACUGUUAUUCUUCUCUCCCUUAAUUUUGACCCAAAUGCUCUCACUUUGGCUUUGAGGUUCUAAAUCUUGGAUCUCUUCACAGGUAUACACAUCCCUGACAUAUAACGCCACUCCUCCUCCUUUCUUGUCUCAUCUGUUUCUCUGAAAUAGAUUGUAUCCCUCCAUUAUUACAUUUCAAUCGUGGGACUUAUCCCACCAGGUUUCAGUGAUGCCUAUUAUGUGCUAUUUAGUUUGCUGUACCAAGAGCUCAAGCUCAUCUUGUUUAUUUCCCAUGCUUUGCGCAUUAGUGUACAGACAUUGAAGCCCAUUAAUCAUUCCCCCGUGUCUCUUAUUUAAGGAUUUUUUCCUCCCACCACUAGGUCUGCGUGCUGUUUGCUCCAGCUUAGAUGGCUUCACAUUAGAAAUUAGAAGUUCAUCAAGAAGCGAAGGGGCUCCUGAGUUAUUUUAAGAGGUUCCCCCCCCAUCCACUCUCUCCAUGUUGUUUGUCAUUUAAAAACAAAAAACCAACAAAUGUCCCCCUACAUUUUUGUUUUUCUAGAUUUAAAACCCCCCAGGAAAUAUUGUCAAGCCUUUCCACAUGGGUAAAACUAUCCAGACUCUUGAUAAUUUUAAUUACCCCUUUCCUCACCUUUUCCAGUUGUAUGAUCUCUUUUUUGAGAUGAAAUAACUAAAAUUGCUCACUGUGUUGCAAAUGCAGUUGCAUCAUACCUUUUUUUCUCAGCCUGUAUUGAGUGUUUGACUAGCUUGGCAUAGUAGCUUGGGCUUUGAGCUUUUUAUAUUGUGCCCACACCUUUUAGAUUUUGAUGGGCAACACCCUAUGCCAUGCCAGUGGAUGUGAUGGAACUUCCUUUUCUCCUGUUUUCUCCAUGUUUGGGAGCAUCCCUCAACCCCCCAGUGCAGAUUAGAGGGGUCGCAAGAGUGAGGAGAGGAAGAGUUAAGUUAAGUCUGUUUUAGCAAGUGGAAAUCGGUUGAUCUGAAUGUGGUGUCCCAUUUACAUUACUGCCCCAUGUUUCCACCUUCUUAAACUUUUAUUAAAUAUGUUGUAGCUUUCAAAAUGCACAGGAUGUUCUACAGACAGUAAUAAAUAUACUUCCCCUCCUCUUAGUGCUGGCUUGGGUAUAUUGUCUGCUGAGCACUAAAUAGAAGCAGUCUGUUUUCUUAACCCUCAUUUGUUUAUGCAAAGCUAGCUGAAACAGUGCUCUAAUUUCAUCCUUUCAUCUCUUGUUUCACUCAUCAUCUAGUUGGACAGAGUAGAGCCCACUGCGUCUAGGGUGGCUGCUCAGGCUAAUUUAUUAAUUGUCUGGUGAAGUGCCAGAGUAAUUUCCCAGAGCCUUUGGUAGAAUGGGGGCAAAACAUUUCCUUCCAUAAAAACUUGAUUUCUAAACUUAGAACUAAAAACUCGUGAAAUAUAUUUUUUUGAAUGCGUGAAAUGCUCUACUUGCACAGCAUGUUCCAUGUGCCUUCUAUAAUAAUCUUCAAUCUACAGCAUUAGAGAAAUCUGAUUGUAAGACAUAUGCAGCAUAAGUAAUAGAUCUAUUAAAAUUAUAAGGCAUAUGCAAUAUUAUUAAUAGAUCUGUUAAUACUAUCUAUUAAUCCUGCAACUGGGACUGUUUUCUGUCCAUUUGUCGUGCUUGUUAAUGAACAAUCAGUCAAUCAAUCAAUCAAGGCAGUUUACAACAUAUAAAAAAAUUACAUUAUUACAGACGUAAGUACUCAUAAACAAUAAAUAAAACAUCAAAAGGUACACAGCCAAAUUGAACAAUUUCUAAAAUAAAGAUACAAAAUAAUAAUAAUAUCAGUAACAGCAACAAUCCUCCCCCCAAACAAUACCGCAGAUUAAUAAUAGUCUGUUUAGCAACCUUAGCUUUUGAAGCUGGAGUCAGUUAGGGCACCACCCUCCCAGGCCAGGUGAAUAAAAAGACCUGCAAGGCCGGGAGCAGGUCUUCCAGGACUCACGGCCAAGAUGAAGCAUUGCUCUCUGAAUUAGUUUUGUUUGCCUUCAGUGACAACAACAUAUAGCUAAAUCAAACUGGUUACAUACGACAUCAAAUAAAGAAUGUUGAUGAAGCAGCGAUCAAUGGGAAAUGCAGAUGGCAGUGAAGUGGUUAAGAUUGGGGUAGGUGGUUUGAUUGGGGAACUCAACCUUCCAAAAGGUCGUCUUCCACACCAACUUGACUCAACCUUAGUUUUUGAAGAAAAGAUGCUAGCUUUUGGUUUCUUUGUGUUGCAAGUAGUUUUAACUAGAUAUGAGCGAAAGUAUAUAUCUAGGUGAUUUUGCUAGAAUCCUGGCUUUGCAGCUGUGGCUUGUAAAGAAAAUUGAGGAAGAAAAUGUGAUGGAAGUAUAGAAUCAUGGAGUGGAGAUGCAUCAUUUUUGCUGCACCCCUCUAUUGCAGGGAUAGUAGAGCCUAUGUCCUUCCAGCUGUGGUUGGAUUCCAAUUCCUCCCAUCACUCUCAACCAACAUGGCCAGUGGUUGGGGAUGAGCAAAAUUGUAAGCAGGUGGACCACUGGACAACUGUUCAGCAUGGUGAAAUAUUUCUUUGCAGGAAGAUACUCUUUAAUUUCCCCAGGAUUUUGGGGGGGGGCCCACACAUAACCUACCCUACUUGAACUAGUCAUCCUUACCAUUUUUGCUGUUCCGCAUCAAGUAAUACAGAUGUGGCUUGUCAUCAAAACUCAGUGAGGCCUACUUGGAGAAGCUUGACAAGAAAACUCUACUUACAGCAUUCCAGUUCCACCCCAGUACUGUACUUAAAUUAGCACUCCUGUUGUAACUCUCAAAACAUUUAGUAAGUGUUAGACUUCAGCUGAAAUGUCUGGUUUCCUUCAAAGUUAUGACCUAAAAAAACAACACUAUGAGCCUUUUUUCCAGUUUAAACCUGCAGAAAUACAUUGCAAGAAAAAUGCACUUGUAAAGUUCAUGCACUUGUCUUUUCUGCAGUCAAGAAUUUGGCUGGACACAUGUGAAAAGGCUGACUUUUGAUUAAACACGUGCCAGGGUUAAGCAGUGAAUCUUGCAAAAUUUCAGUCUGUGGUUGGUUACUGAUGUGUCAGUAAAAAGAGCUGGUCAGGCAGGCAUUUACCGCUGUCCCUUGUUAAAUAAAAUGGAGUGCUUUCCCUCAUGUUUAAAUAUACAAAUGGUUGUUGUAAUUACAGUUGUAAUUCUAAUGCAGCAUACUCAUAACCCAGAGAGAAGGUUAACUGUCGGCUUAUGAGUAAGGAAAAUGCAUUUGUGUUCCUGCGCAAUAUACAGGCUAUGCAAAGGAGAUAAUCUUUAGGAGUAUCGGCCAUGCUUGUGAAUACAGAUAGGGAAUUCUAUAUAAUUCUAUAUAAUGAGAAGAACCUACUGAUUCGGUUUCACCUUUCUUGAAAACUUGUUGAAUGAUAAGAACCUGCUAAACUUUUGCUGGUUUGUUUUGUUUGUUUCGCUUCGUUUAAAAAAUAUUUUUUUACAUGUGAGUUUUUGUUUGCUUUUGUAGUGAGUUUGGUGGUGAAAAACAGCCAGAAUGACAACUUUGGGCACUCAAGUCUUCUGUCCGCAGAACAGGUACAGCAGUGACAGCAGUAGCUGAAGGGUGAGUCCUUAUCUUAUACUCUUCAUGUACAACAGCUCUUUUCAUCAUCUGAGCAUGAGAAAUAACAAGACAAUCCAUAAUGUAUCAAUUUUAUUAACUGUCAUAGAUAAGAGGCAGUUAUCGCAUCAAAUAACUAUGCAGCAAAAAACUGAGCUUGUAAGUGGUAAUUUCUCUCCUAUUGCAUAUUAACUGUUAGAUUGGAUGGGUUGUAUCCACAUUCAUACUCACAGUCAUACUCAGAGUAGACCCACUGAAAGUAAUGGACAUAAGUAACUUAGGUAUGUUAAUUCAUAUGGCUCUACUCAGAGUAGAACUUUGUUAACUACAACUCCAUGUGUGUGAAUUUAGCCUGAGACAAAUGCUGCUUUGGUAGCCACUAGAAACAGAAGUUGCUAAGUUAACUACUCACUCUCACGUAGUUGAACUCUUCUGUGUGUUCUUUGACUAAAUAUUGUAUAGAAUCUUUUAAACUGUCUUAGCUUUAGCUAUGUAUGUCCAGUGUAUGUGUUUUGCUUAAUUCAUUGGUACAGCAUGUGUUUUGCAUGCAGCAGGUCAGAGUUCAAGAGCUGGGGAAAUCUAUUUGAAGUGUUAAAAAGCGUUAAAAAGCUAGCGUCAGUCAGGGCAGACCACGAGUCAGAAAACCUCAGGCCAGGGGCCUGAAGUUUAUUUGUGAAGAACCUUCUGUGGGCUGCAUGCAGUGGCAGGUGUUACCAGAGGCAAAAUGGGUAGAGUAGUGGCUGUGACUUGGUACUUUUGCAUUCCAGCCUUGCAAAAGUCAUGGUUUUUACACUUGCACGCAACUCUCUAUCCUCCACUUAGGCUGCAGAUGUGUGGGAUUGUGACAUGUCACAUGUCUUUGUUUACAUUCAAGCACUGAUUGUUGGAGUCUUGUGAGCGGAAAUUGAGAUACACUGUUCCGUUCUGUAUAGCUAUUGUUUUUGCAGUUCUCUCUCCGAGGAAGAAAGACGCAGAGAGAAGCCAUAUUUUCUUUGUUUUGUUACUUUUGAUUUUGUGCGAAAUAAAUUAGGCUUAGAUGUUACACCUCAAGGCUCAGCUUCUGUUUGGACUCUGCUAGUCGUGUGCUCAUGUCCUUGGAGAUGGGUCACAUCAGCCUGAUGGGACACUGGAGUGAUGAUGUGCAACGCUGCAUUGUAGGGAGGCACUGGCCUUGGCGUUAUCACCCAAAAACAUAGUCACAGUUCAAGCACACAGUCCACUCAGGCAAACACUUGAGGAGGAUGCAGAACAGGGGGGGUCAGGAGUGUGUGGCCUGAGAGAUUCCUGGAGUACCUCAUUUGAACCCUGGGCCUGAGGUUCUCCAACCAGUACAGACAAUACUGACCUAGUUAAAUCAGUGGUCUGACUUUAUAUAAGGCACCUUCCAGGGUUCCUAAAUAAGCUGGAAACAGCUAGAGGUCAGAAUGCUGCAUUGAAGAGACAAAAUGCUUAGAUAAGCAUUUAUUUCUUUUAUAAAAUGUAUUUAUUUCAUGAAAUCUGUUUCAGAUAAACAUGAAGCAUAAGAUUCCUUUUCAUAAAGGGUGUGGAUGCUGGGCUAAUGAAUUCCUAAUUAUACCAUUAUCUAUUAACCGGAGCUUGAAUUAAAAAGAUAACAUUAUGGCUGAAUUUUUUCAGGGAUAGAAAUAAAUGUUUUCUUGUAUUCAGUUGCCUCUUCUUAUACUGUUUCCUCUGCCAGAUCUCACAAGUUUAUCUGGGUCAGUCUAGGCCAGUACUUGUAAAUGAGACCUUAAAGAAGAACCUGAAUGUUGCAUGAAGUAAUGAUAUCAGUGCACCGUGAGCGGCACGUUUACUUCUAAGCAAGUACUUAGCUUGUCUUCUUGCAUAGUAAGCCAGCAGCAUACUUCUGUUUAUAAAUGAGAAGUCUGAAGAACAUGCCCCUUAAUACUUUUUAUAGUCAAUGGCUAAGUAAAUACUCUUUGCAGGGAUUUAUAUUGCAGACAACAACUCCUGUCAUAGAGAUAUUCACUGAAAGUUAUUUUUGUUUCAUAUUCUCUCUAUAUUUCUCUUUCACUCUGUGAUGAAGUGAUCCUUUCCAUCUAGCUAGUUUUAGAAAUACAGUAAUACAGUGGUACCUCUGGUUACAUACUUAAUUCGUUCCGGAGGCCUGUUCUUAACCUGAAGCACCACUUUAGCUAAUGAGGCCUCCCGCUGCUGCCGUGCCGCCGCCGCGCGAUUUCUGUUCUCAUCCUGAAGCAAAGUUCUUAACCCGAGGUAUUAUUUCUGGGUUAGCGGAGUCUGAAGCAUCUGUAACCUGAAGCGUAUUUAACCCAAGGUACCACUGUAAUUGUAAAAUAAUUUACAAUUGGCAUCCUCAGUGAAGUAAAUUUGUAGCUUUCCUGUGUGUAUUUUUCUUAUACGGUUGCUAAGUGUAAAGCAGCUGAUUUUCAUGCUGAAGGCCCCCUUUCAAUCCCCGCUAUCUUCAGGUAGGGCUGGGUGAGGCUUCUGUCUGAAACAUUGCAGAGUUGCUACCAGUUAUUGUGGACGAUACUGAGGUAGAUGAACUAUUGGUCUGACUUGGUAUAAAGCCUUUUCCUAGGUCGGUUCAGACUUGUGUAAGGGGUAGGCAGCCUUGCCCCUCUUUCCAGCUCAACCUUUAAACUUGUUUAUGUCCCACUAAAACCAGAGGGGCUUCUGUGUAAUGUUUAAGCAUCUCUAGAUAGUGACAUUUGCCAUUUCCCACCUAUGAAUUACCUCUAGUCUGGUUUAAAUACCUAUCCCUAGUAAGCACAUAUAGUAUAACUAUAACUGAAGCACUUUCAUUCAGCAUAGCUGUGCAUGAAGAGUCUUAUGGCCACACAUGACAUGCAGAAUCCUAAGAAUCACUUCACAUGUUUUGCUUUUAAAAGUAGGCUGCUCUCUACUUUAAAACACCUUUCCUGUGGAAUUUCCCUGUAUCUUAAGGUGAUCGUUUCUAUAGCACUUCUCAUUGUUCAAAGUGAUUCAUUUCCUCUGUGUUUAUCAUCAGAGAACUUUAAACUCCCACCCAGCCAGGGAAGGCGAUCACAACUUUAGUGUCCCCCAACCAGGGCUUUGUCCACUGAGCCACUAAUGUUGGAAGAGCAAUGCAUUUGUUUGAGACUGGGGGACAGGACAGGGGACAUGUGGACAGAAUUAUUUAGCAUUGUGCCACUUCUCUCUGAAAAAAAGUACCUGUAUUGCUUUGUAAGCAUUACAUUUUUCUGCACCUGAUUUUAAACUGUAGGAGGCACACUUGACCACUUGAAAGAGCACAGUCAUUGUGGAGAAACACUUUAUCACCUGGGCAGUACUGGCAUAGAAGGCUCAAAAUCCAGAAGGUGGUCCCCAAACCAGUGGACAUUUCUUUGGACAGAAAUGAUACUCAUAGUAAAACUGUACGGUAUUAAAGCCUAUGAAAUCUGACCAUGGAAACCAAAUAUCUAAAAGGUUAGCUAAAGAAAUAGAUAAAUAGAUAAAGAAAAAUAUUAAUGUAGCCACAGAAAGACACGAGUUGGGAUGCAGACCCAUGUUAACUAUUUGAUAGAGUAUGAAGAUUAAGUCCUGAUAUGGUCUAAAUAGGAUAUAGUCUAAAUUUGUCUGCCGUAUACACAUUUUGAAGUCCUACCUGACCUCCCACCGUCAUUAUUAUUGUGAAUGUGAGCAACUGGCAUCAACCCUUGAAACAGAGUAAUAAUAAUUUAGGCUGAGAUAACAUUCCAUAUACUGAGUUAUAUGUUUGAGCAGUUGGGUACAGUUCUGAGUCAUUCUGCUUCUGGUCUUCUGUCAGGCUCCAGUUCUUUUUCCUAGUACUGCUAUUGUCCAUAGUUGGCUUGGUAGUGAUGGAAUAAGGGAGAUCAACCUUCAUGGCACCUGGAAGCUUGUGGUCUCACUUUAAUGAGGAAAGGGGAACUGAUCUAUUUGCUUACUAUUGUGCGCUGAUCUGAAAGCCUUGCAAGAAGGAGGCCUUUGCUUCUUACUGCUGUUGAUGGAGAGGAAUUUGGAUCAGCUCCCAGACUUCAAUAUCAAUUGGAGGUGUGUGUGUGCCCAAACUACUUGAGUGAAUGGUCAUUUCUGCCACUGUUCUGAUUCCUGAUAAAUGGGAAGAAUUUUCCCUCCUGGGCCCAGUGCUGCUUCACACCACUGGUACAUCACUAAAUUGCUAGCAAGAAACCUUGGGCUGGAACUCCGUAGUGUACCCAAAUGUGCUCUUUAGUUGGACCUUAUGUUUGAAGCAAAGCAUGUCUUAACAGAAGUCCCCAAGAGGCUAAUUUCUUGACUCUUCAGCACAGCUUGACCCUCUCUGGGAAGUAUUGUGGGGGGGGGGGGAGCCUGAAAUUUGUUGGGAAAGUGUUAAGCCCCAACUGAGUUGCCAGUUUAAAAUAAAGGGCUUCAGUAAACUUAUUGAUUUCUUCUAUAUAACCAGCAAGAUCCUUUGCACUCUCCCAUGGUUGCUUCAAAUUCUCCAUAAAGUACCGUAAUUUUGCUACUAUGUCACUGCCAAACCUGUUCAUUUGUUCUGUGUGUUCUCCUGCAGGUUGCUUUCCUCCUGAAGCCCUUGGCUAAUUUGCGCUGUCCGCUAGACUCUGUGAUCCAUGCUUUGAGACCAGGAGAGACUUAAAAUUUUGAAAUGAAGAUGGAGGCAGCAGACAAAGUAGAAGAACUCAUUGACCCAGAGGUUCCAUCAAAACUCCCAGAAAAACAAGAAGCAGCUCUGUGUGAAGAGGGACCUGUAGAACUAGAAAUGCAUGCCCAGAAAGAGAGCGGAGCUGCUGUGGAGGAUUCAACAGUGCUUGCCUCGAUGCCAUGCUUGCUGAUGGAACUGAGACGAGACUCGUCAGAAUCUCAGCUAGCAUCAACAGAGAGUGACAAACCAACAGCUGGCCGUGUUUAUGAGAGUGACUCUUCCAACCAUUGCAUGCUGUCCCCUUCUUCCAGUGGGCACUUGGCUGAUUCAGACACUCUGUCUUCCGCAGAAGAGAACGAGCCCAGCCAAGCUGAAGCAACAAUAGAAGGAGAUGCUUCUGCGGUAUCAGGGUCUACUGUUGGGAGGAAAUCCAGGCGGUCAAGGUCGGAGAGUGAAACCUCAACAAUGGCUGCAAAGAAAAACCGGCAGUCUAGUGAUAAGCAGAAUGGUCGUGUCGCUAAGGUCAAAGGUCAUCGGAGCCAAAAGCACAAAGAGAGAAUUCGGUUAUUGAGGCAGAAACGGGAGGCAGCUGCCCGCAAGAAAUACAACCUGCUGCAGGACAGCAGUACCAGUGAUAGUGACCUGACCUGUGACUCAAGCACGAGUUCAUCAGAUGAUGAUGAAGAAGUUUCAGGGAGCAGCAAGACAAUCACUGCAGAGAUACCAGGUAGAGGAUGUUUUUUAAACUGAACUGGUAAAGCUCCUACCAUCAUUUCUCAGCUGUCCUGCUAAAUUUAGAGGAGCGACACUUGAGAAAAUAGAAAUAAUAAACUAGGAGAACUGCAACUCUAUGUAAAUUGGAGGGCUGCAGUAUGUGAAAUGUUUUAAAGGUGGGUCCUGGGGUUUUUGAAUGUUCUUAUUUGCAGAAUUGAAAAUUUAAAAAACUGGUAAUGGUGAGUUGAGUUCCAGACCCUGCUUUCUGCCCCCACUAGUUAACAUCAGUGUGGCUUAGACAGACAUAUUUAAAACGGCCUAGUUUGAAGCUAUUUUAUUACAAAUGGAUUAUUCUUUUAAAAUACUGCAACUGUUCCUGUAUCUGCAUCUGAAACACCAUGGGGCAUAGUUUUGCUGUUGGAGAAGGCCAUGUUCUCUCCAAUACUGAAUUUAACGGUGCACUUUCCAACUUCAUUUUAGUGCAUGAUAAACUGGUUCAGCUUCGUUGUGUGUUACAAUUAGGUGAGCUGGUUACUUCAGAACCUGUAUGAGGAAUAUUUUGCACAUUGAUUGCAAAUUAAUAGCCUCCACACUACCCCUCAGUUUCAGAAGCCAGAGGGUUUCAAUGUCCUCUGUUGCAUGGAUUGCACAAUUACUAAUAUCAUUUUUCCUGCUGCAUCCAUAUUGUGUGACUGAGAGGUGAAAUAUCUUGGCCAUUCUUACAAUCAAAUAUUGGAAGGUGCAUUUUGGACAGCUUUCCAUUUGUUUAAGGCCUGCGUUAUUCCUUUAUCCCAAAUAGCAUGAGGAGGAAUAUGUAUCUUCUACUUGGCAUAUGGCACUCAAAAUAACUGCAUUUUAUAGCAACCUUAAAAUAAAAUACUAUUUAAAAAGCUUUUGGUUUGCCGAUCUUUUAUGGGUGAACAUAACAUUUGUUUCUUUGCAUGAGAGAGAUAAGUUUUGUAAUUAAAACCUGUGUCCUCAGUAAAGCUAUUUAUAUAUCAUGUGGGAAGACUUAAAAGGAAAACUACAAUGCUGUGUUUUCAGCUUGACCCUUCAAGUAUUCUUUCUGCCAGUGGUAACCUUUUAAAGUUUGAUGGAUUCUGCCUUUGCACAGCACUUUGGGUUUUACAGUUGCUUAUGGAUGUAGUCUGCCAGGGCUUUUAGUUGCCCAGCCUCCAUGUCACUUUGGAUAUCAUGAGCUUUCUGCCCAAACCCGUUAAAAUAAAUGGAAGUUGCACUGCAGCAGUGCCUAGUGAGAUGCCAUAUCAGUGAACAAACUAAGGCUUUGCUCUGGACAUAGGGUUUUUUUUAAAAAAAGAUUGUGUACAAUCUUAGGUGAAAGGGACUAAUCCCAAGCAGACUGGCUCUGUUGCUGGACUGUACCAUUUCAUACCAUGGACAUGGCAUAGUUUUCCACAUAAAAUGCUGGCUACAUAUAAAAAACUGGCAUACUGGGAAGAACGGCCAUAGCUCAUCUGUUUUGCAUGCAGAAGGUCCCAGAUUCAAUCUCUGCCAGGGAAUGCCUUGCUGUCUAAUCCUAGAGAGCCAUUACUAGUAUGUAUUGACAGUACUGAGCUUAGAUGGGCCAGUUUUCUGACUCAGGGUACAAAGGAAGCUGCCUUAUACUAAAUAUCUAGGCUAGCCCUUUUUCAUAUCACACUAGUUUUGAACAGGGAAUCUUUUAUUACACCCACAACAGGUUUUUGGUGGGUCUUGGCUAGUCUGGUGUAGUGCUAACAGAAUCUGACUACACGGCAGGCUAUCUUAUUCCAUUGAUUUGAUGCCCGUGUGCAGUUCUGUGCAGGUGUAAAGUACUGGCAGACAUUGUAGACACAAUGGAGAUAGAGGUGUAGCCUGGGCUUCUGAUCAAGUAAGGGGAUCUCUCGUACAGUCUCUUCUGUAAAGCAGAAUCUCUGCUGUCUAAACCUUCUCUGAUGGAACACCAAAAAAUGGCAGGGGCCAUCUUGUUCAAAUGUUUGUAUAUAGACAAGCCCUUAAGUCAGCUUCUCUCUGCUGAAGGAUAUGGAAGAGUAGCAAGCUUUACAUCAUCACAGCCUCCACACAAUAAUAGUGUGAUAUGCCCUCCAUUAACAAUGCUUCUCUCUGGCAUGUUUCACUGUGGGUAUAUUGGUUGUUUGGCGCAUAGUAUGAAGCAAAGCAAUUAAGUCUUUAAAAGUGUGGAUCACUCCUCCAUCGGUGCCUUUGCCUUGCUUGUUAUAUAAAUAUAAAACCUAUAUAAUUGUGAUUCUUUUGAAAGUGUGAUUGUCAGUUUAAGUAGGGACAGGAUUUUGUUUCUGUUGCAUUUCUGUUUUAGGGUAAAAAAUAAGUCAAGGAUUGCAAGCUGGAAUUUCAGGUGAGUGCUCAUGAGCACACACAUAGUUUCAGGAACUUGCAAUACAUCUUAGCCCUCCUUUUUUUGGCUAGGUGAGAGUUUCUCAGUUUUAAGGAAGGCAAAAAACACCACAAUGGGAAAUUGGAAGAGCUAAGCGAAAAGUACAUAAUCUGUACCUGCUUGUUUACAUUUUAGUUUUGCUAGUAAACAGGAGAGUAAAUAAUGUACCAUAACCCUAAAGUAACCCAUUUUUGGAGAAAUUAGUGCAAAAAACACGCAUGUGGGGUUGUGGAGGCCAAGUAUUUGCCUUCUUUAAGUUACGUGCAUUUGGAUUUCUUUAUAUCGCUUAAAAAUGUCAAGGCAACCUUUGUAAAGAUAAGACCUAGCCACCAUUAAAUUAUCUAUAUCAGUGUCAGUUUGCAUAAGCAUUAAGUUGUUUGUAUUGAAUAGUUUUCCAUCUCUUAAUAAAAUCUAGGUUUGGGGGCCUACAGAGGGUAGAUCUGAUUGGGGCCUGUUACAGUGAAGUUUUGAGUAAAAUUAUAUUUUAAAUUUGAGAGAGCUAUUUUAUCCAGAGCUGCAAAAAUGAACUCACUGACUGUCAUUUGGAAAUUGAAUGGGAGUGACAAUUGCCUAAAAACCAUAACCAUGCACAAAGGUUUCUGCUUGCCCCUCUAUAGCUACCAUACCAUAUGUCCUUCUUGUAAGUUGGAAAUUAAUAUCUUUCUUUAAUCUACCAUUGCUGCAAGCUGUUUUGAAAGUUCACCCUCAGCCGUGUUAGUAGGGUUCAACUACCUCUUGUCCUUUUUGCCAGUGGCAAGCAGGACAAACCCAAGGUGUAGUUCCAGUGCUGGUGCUACAGAGGGGGAGGGAAGAACCCUGCCCCACCCAGCUGGAAACAUGGAUAAAAGCCUACAGUUUGCAAUUAGCUGUAUUUUUAAUGGGUACAAGUCUAGAGCCAAAGCUCUGGCUGUGGAAUUGUAAUCUUGUAAAUCAUGUUAUAUUAGUGCAGUUCUUCUGUGUUCCGAACAGAAGGAAACACCCCUUUGCCCCUCUUGUCAUCCUGGAAGAGAGGAGGAUAGAAGAUAGCCCAGAAUUUCCUUCUGGUAGACAUUGCCCUGGAGAAGAAAUCUGAAUUUCCCUUCAAAAGCAGCUGCUUUUAUUAUAGAAUGCUAGGUUUAUGAGAAGAGCUCAAAAGACAGACCUUUCCAUAUCUAGUUGCCUCUGAUCUUUUUAGUCAUUGAAGGACUUCACUGUAAGUGAAGAUAUAUUGCUUCUAACAACUCAAGAAGAAUGCAUCCCAUAAUAAAAGUCCAGAUAUUUCAUUCCUAUAAGGAUAGUAGGCAUAGUUCUACUGAUACUCAGGUUUUGAGAAUUUUAACCUCUGCCUCCUAAGAAAGCAAUCUAUCAGACUAAUGUCAUACUCUUAAUUGUUUGCCAUUGAAAACAAAUGCAAAAACUAUCCUAAACAUUAUAAUUCAUCAGUAGUAGUCCCCUCAUGGUAUUCUUGUGGUAGGUUCCCAUAGCAUCAGCUAUGUGUGACUCUCCCCAUAUUCUAGCACACUGAGCUAGAGACUUACAAAUCAAGUGAGAUGCCCCAGUAUUUUUCACUGUCAGUAUUUCAGAACAGGUGCCCAGUUAAAUUCCUAAACUUGUAAUAUUUCCCUCUAAAAUAAAUUCUGGACAUCACAGUUGCAGAGAAUGAGAUGAAAACGCAUAGGCAAGUCUCAAACCAGUAGUGUGUUGCUGGUCACUUGCUAAUCACUACUAGAAAUUAUCUGUAGAUUUUCCUUCCGUUAUCCAUGCUUCACUUGUGCCUCAUGUUUCAUCUCUCAGGCCCACAUCCACCUUCCAUAAUCUGUGUCACCUCAUUCUUUGCAGAAAAAUCUGAGAUUUGUGAAGACCUACGUACUACCAUUAGAAUACAGAAUGAAAAUUAUGUUUCUGCAAACUUAGAUGAGCUGCUCAGAGUUCAAAAUUAGGGUUUUCUUUGUGCAUGUUUGGGAUCCUCUCCUUGAGUUGUGGUUCUGACUAUCUGCAAGAGCAACUUUUUCCUGUGGGAAUGUUUUCACCCACAAAGUCCACAUACAGGUCUUUGUGUUUUGGGAUUUUCUCCUUGAAGCAGAGUAAACAAAGACUGUGGGUUGGAUUCAGACAUCUCCCUCUGAAUGGAAAGGCUCUUUCCAGUCACAGAUAAGGUUCUGAUCCAUCAGGAGCUCCCACACACUUAAUCCUGCAAAUGGGAUACAGGGAGGCAUUUUUCACCAGUGCUUCUCCUCUUCUGCAGUCCCUCCCCCCCCAUAUGACCCCAUACACAAUUUUGGAGGAUACCUCAACCUCCAGAGCUGCUUUGUGGGGACAUAGAGGGCUGUUGGCAAAAGGGAGGAAUUACUGAAAAGCCCAUUCUCCCCAUGGGAACCUAGAGUUCUGCUCCAGCCCUGUGCUUUUCUUUGGCGUAAUCUGCUCUGUGUUUCCCCUUCUGCGCUCAGUAGUUGAAGAUAAGAUUAUUUUAAUAUAAUUCAAAUCCGUAAAAUCAAAUCCAUGGUGGUCUCCCAGAAGCUAGUAACCUUGAGAGAGAAACAGAACCUUCACCCCCAGAGGCAGUAGAUAUAUCUGAUGACCAGAUGACGUGGAGAAACAACCACGAAUAGCCACCACCAUCGUACCUUGCUUGUGAGGUCAGAUAUUGGAAAUGGAAUGCUGGACUAGACGGACUAUGCUCUAAUCUCGCACGGCAACUCUUGUAUUCUUACGUUUUUCUUAGAUGGAGUGUGCAUAAAAUUAGAUUUGAGUGUUGGUUGUAUUCUCAUAAAACAAGAUUUUGAUUCUUACAAAGUUACGCUGCUUUGGCUUUUGUUCAGCGAGGAAGACACCAAACUUAGAAAACAGGGUUGAUUUCACCUUCUGAAAAAAUGUUUUGAAAGCCAAAAGAUUUAAAUAAUUAUGUUGGGGUGGUGGCUUAUGAACUUUUAACUGGGCAGGUAUCUCAGUGCUUCUCAGAGAUUCUAUCUACCUGACCAGUUAGAGCAAGUAUGUAGCUUGUUCGUGCUCGCAUGCCUUAAUGUAUGGAUGUGAUUACCUUUUCCUUAAUGAUGUCUUAUGCAAUGGCCUCAAUGUCUUUAAAGCUGGCUUCAGUCGUGCUGGGGGAUCUGGAGGAGCGACCAGGGAAAUUCCAGGAUUGCUUGACAGGGGCACCGUAUGGGAUAGGAACUGCAUAGGCAGUGUCCUGGAAGAGGCCAUGAACUGCUUUGCCGAGAUGCAGAGGCAGACAGAGGAGAAGUUUCGCAUGUGGAUAGAAAAGCUAACCCGCCUUGACACAGAUGAAGAAAGCAAGCAGCAGCUGGAGCCCAGGGAACCUAAAGUACCAUUAGCUGGCCAAAGAAUCUCCCCAGCUACUCAGGCAGGGGUAUUUGUGCAGGUGCCUGAUAGCCAAGUGCUUCCACAGCCGCCCUUUAAUUCUUAUGUGAGCUGUCAAAAUGCCGACACUGCAACUUUAAAUAACAAUUUCCCAGCUAUCUUUCCUGAAAAUGGGAAUAUCGCAGAACCCAACUUGAAUCAAUCACAAACUUAACAUGGUUCCCAAACCUUUCCUGUUGACCUUUAUUGAACUGCAAAAGCUGUAUUCUAUAUGUUUUUUUGGUUCCUUGUUUAGUUUCCUUGUUUGGUUAUUGCUUUUUAACUGCCAGUGUUGGAUUUUUUUGAAGACAACAGAUUUGUACUUAAGGUUACCAUUAAAAUGCUUCUCCUCUCCAGCUUAUCAUCACCAAAGCUUGGCAAGAUACAAUUUAGUGAUCUUUUUGUGUGUGUCCUACUGUAGGAACAAUCAAUGUAUUCACUUGUAUGCUCCUUUUGCAUGCCAAAAGUGUUUAUAUGUGGAAAUACAUAUUUGGAAUUGAAAGCAGCCUUAUGUACCCAGACAGUAUACCCUGUGAAUAUUUUCUUAAACAAAUGCUAGUAUUAGAUUGUGCAUCAUAAACAGGAUUAUAUAUUGCUUGCCAUAUUUUUUGGGUUUCUCCUUUGAUCCUGUUGGAUUGAAGUUGGCCAGUCUAUGGCCGAGAUGAUUUGAUAAACCAGUAUUCAUAGCCCCUCUUUAGCCUUUAUUUUUCUCACAAGUGUUUGCGACAUUUAGGAAGCAUAUGUUUUGGUAAAAACUCACGUUACCCCAGGACCACAGGAAUUUGAGAGAUAGUUAGAAGCAAUAGGCCUGUCUACCCUGGGUUACACUAACUUCUAGAAAAUUUGACGUUUUUAAUAAAAGAGGUUGAAUAUUUUUUUUAUUGUACCAGCAUGACUGCUUUAAACACUUAGGCCACCUGUCCACAAACAGAAAAAUAGUAGUUUGGUGUGUGUUUAUAUAUGAUCAAAUUGUAUUUUCAUGUUCCAUUUAAACUCCAAAAGCCUGUAUUGAAGUAAAAAUCUGACCUACCAUGGAGGAAGAACAAAGUACAUUGGCUGCAAUCCAGAGAGUCUCUUUAGGCAGCCCGUGCAAGGGUUUGUUGUACAUGUCCAUCAGGGUCUAGUACAGUGGAGGCCGGUCUGUUACAGGAAAUGGGGCAUUGCUCCACCAGCUUCAAGUCUGACCUUAGCCAAUCCCCACCUGCCUGCUUUCUUUAUUUAUUAAAACCAGUCCUGGGAGUAGCUGUGCCCAUCAUUUUCCUUCUCCCUGGCCUUAGUGUUGCCAUUGUAGAACUAGCAGAGAGAGGAGGAUGGGGACAACACAAAUUUGUUUUUUCUGCCUGUCAUUGCCUCUGGCUCCACCAACUGAUGGUUUCCUUCAUGAGCAAGUUGUUGAGCUUUCUCUAGGAAAUCAUUUAAAUCAAAUCAAUUUAAAUCAUGAUUUAAAUCACUAGUCGGUAAGACUUGAUUUAAAUCAUAUUUUUUUUACAGAAAGAUAUUCUUGCUGGUAUAAUCUUAAUAUUUACAACCAAACGAAGGUUUCAUUUUUGGAAUAAUAAAUUUUCAGAGUGGUUUUUACAGUUUUAUGAAAAAUUACUGAUUUGGUUAUACUAGUAGAAAUACAUAGACAAAUAAUUAUGACGUUGUGAAGUUUAAUAAGUUAACUGUUUAUAUUUGGGCAACUUUUCUGCUGUACUUUAUUGGAAGGAGAAAAAUAAUCAUUUCCUUAAUAACAAUUUAAACAAUUUAUUUAACUAAAACAGUAACAGUAUAGCAUAUGUAUCCAUGUUUGUUAACUGAUGUGGUUAAACAAUUUAAAACAAAAACAAAAAAAAAACCCUUAGACUUAGUUGUAGCGCACAUGGAAACUUAAAACAGAUCCUUAUUUCCUGAUGAAUAGCCUUUGGCCUAUAAUGUAACUUAAAUAGAAAACUUAUCUUUAGAAAGAUUUUUUAUCCAAAAGCAUUUCAUUUUAAAAAUCUGAUUUAAAUAAAAUAAAAAUCCAUUUUAUUAUUAUUAUUUUUAAACCAUUGAUUUUUUUAUCCACCCUGGUCUCCUUGCCUUUGGCUCUGUCAGUUCAAACUGAUAUCAGCCACCACUGGUCUAGUAUACCUUAGAGCCAACUUUCUUCCCAUUUUAUCAUCAUUACAUUUAAGAGAUCAGAAACUUUCUGGGCAUCCAGUCAGAAUUGCAAGGUGCACAGAUUGGCAUUCUUGGUGGCUGCCAAUGGUGGCAUUCAGCUUCUAAAUUUUCUUCCCCAUGUGACUCACCCAAGCUAGUAUGUCUUCUGGAAUCAGUGUAAGAUAUUCUUAUUCAAACCAGGUCUUGGUGGCUAGUAACAUGGUAGAACUUUCACAUUUUACCUGCCCCACCUCCUUGGGUGACAUAAACUACAGCUCCUAAAAGUGUAAAUUUAAUGGUGCGAGGGAUGCACAAGCAUGUGGAAAAUUGAAGUAUGUGGUGCUUAUUGUAUGACUUUCUGGAUUGUGGCCAUUGUUUUAACCCAUGUUUCAGUUCAAGCAUUUUCUAAGCCAGCCUUGAAGGAAUAAUUGAACUAUAUCCCUAACACCUCUGGUUGAAAAUGCCUAAGCAUUAUUUCAAUUACUGUAAUUUGCAGGUUGGGAGUAAACUCUGCACCUGGGAAGUAGCUUUGUGUAGAGUAAUGAACCUUAUAAAGUUGCUGGUUAGAUAAACUUUGUUCUCAUAAUGGAAACUGAAAGUUUUCAGUUUUCCUUCUCCACUUAGGCUUUCAAAUGCAAAUCAUGUGUUGCUUGCACAGUGUACAGUAGCUCAGCAUAACCCCUUCCGUUAUAGGCCAACAAAGGUCAAAACAACAUUGCUUAUAGUUUGAAGCAUCUAUUUCAGGUUUGCAGUGUGGGCCUAAACAUGCUUACUCAGAAAUAAGUCUCAUUAAGUUCAAUGGAGCUUUCAAGUAAUUGUGCUUAGGACUGCUUAGGACCUAAAAUUACAGGUUGCAAACAUUUGCCAACAUCCAGAGAACUGGGUGACUGCUUCUUCAUGGCCAAGGACUGUGUUUCUCUAACAACACCUUCCUGUACCACAUGGCAAAGUGCUCGUGGAAUUGAGGGAGCUUUUGAAAGCAGGCUGUAAUGUGACGUGCUGUUCAAUGACAAGCAUUCAAAAAUGACAACAGACAUUUCCAAGACCUUGGGGCAUUCCUAGAAUAACUCUUUGGAUCCCUGCCUUUUUAUUGCCGUGUGCCUGCUCACUGGCCUUCCCCCUUUUCUAAUGUCAUAACUGAUUUUAUGAAAGUAAAAUAACUUGGAAAUAUGUACCUGCGUUCCCUGCCCUAUCUUCUACACAAUGUCUUUUAAGAAUAAACGUUGCUUUUAAAAAGCUGUAUUUUCAGGGUAACAGUUGAAAGGCUAUGCAGGAUGUAAUUUUAUGUAAAAGAAAAUAUGAAUGGUUUCUAAAGCAAUUUUGGUGUUAAAUCUUUCCUUGUAUAAUUUUGAUAUGAGUGUUUUGAUGUAAAUUUGAUAUCUUCCUAAUAUGAAAUCAUGUGUACAUUAACUUGAUUGAUUUCAAACAGUAGAGUAAUUUUUUAUAAUCUUGACAAGACCUUUUCUUUCCCCUCUCUCCUUUUUUGCCUUGAAUAAAACGUUAUGAAUUUGUCCUUACCUACUUUUAAAAUUAAGAAAUUAUUGUGAUUAUUUUGUUGAAGUUAGUAUGUACCCCUUUCUAGUACCAAUAGGCAUCUAAGCAUUUAGAAAUAUAUUUGGAACUGCAUGUCAACUUUACAGGUCUUCCCAAGCACGCAGGGGCUGCUUUUUUUGUAGAACAUCAUUGCCUCAAGCAUGCUCUAAAGCAUAUUUUUAAAAUGGAUGAUACAGGUGUUUUAGAAUCUAGAUCAGCUGAGUCAGGUUAUGCUAUAGGCAUCUCACAAUGUAAUAGUUUUGAGAUCGAAACUAGUUGUAACUGGCUAUAAUCCUGUUAGCAUAAUUUUAUUGUAAUUUUGUUCUUAGAAGCCCCUUGCAAAAAUUAAUAUUGAAAAUAGAUGGGAGUUUUACUGAAGACCCUGAAAGGUCUUUUGAUGUUUAUGAAUAAUCAUGUUUAGCAUUCUGUUCACUCUUUACCUGUGCAGAGCAUAAUCACCUUUGUUUUCGGUAAAAACCUGUGGUUUCUGUACAGUGCUACCAUACCUUUGGUGUCAAAGCAGUACUUUUUGAUUAUAACUCUGUUUGUACAGAGUUAUUCAGUAGACAGUUUGUCUUUAAUUUGGUGACCACUGAAAGACAAUGGAGAUGUAAUGCUGUCUCCCUCUUAGCUGUGGAGAUCAGGAGUCAGCUGUGCAAUAGUUUGUGCCUUCCCUCCUCAGAAGUAAAUCCCCUUCCCUCCAGAUACCUUAAGGCAGGCAUCCCCAAACUCGGCCCUCCAGAUGUUUUGGGACUACAACUCCCACCAUCCCUGACCACUGGUCCUGUUAGCUAGGGAUGAUGGGAGUUGUAGUCCCCAGACACCUGGAGGGUUGAGUUUGGGGGUGCCUACCUUAAAGGAAAUGUUACUACUAAUUACAAGCAUGGUUAAUUCUAACCACAGUUUGUUAACUUUCAGAUCCCAGUACAACAGGAACCCUGGCUUGUGUUAACCAUUGGUAUGGCUGGUGACACCUUCCUUGCCCAUGAUUGAGGCAAGAAAAGGGACUUUGCUUCUCAAGAAAGGGGUGAAAGGAAGGCAUACAAACAUUCCUAGCUGGCUCUAGAUACCUUAAGCAUUCAUAAUAGCUUUAUGCACCAACCACCUGCAAUCUGACCAGUGGAUCAGAUUACCACCAAGUAGAAUAUGAAGCUGCCAAAGGUUUGACAAUUUGAUUGAUUUAACUGUGCAUUCAUCUUUUUUAAUCUGUAAGGUAUGGGGAAAAUAAAAAAAAUAAUUAUUAGUGGCACAAUAAAUGGAAUAUGUCCUGGUGGUGUUAUUAGAACCAAAGGAGCAACUUGUAAACCUUACCACCAAAUAAUUUGUGAGAAGCCUUAUUUCUAGAUGAACAUGUAGUUGUCCUAUUGUUAGACCCUGCUACCCCUUUAAAGCUUUUCUCCAUAGGAGGAAAUGGUGGUUCAGGGUCCAGCAAUUAUAUGGAUUGCACCUGCUGAUCAUGCCCUCAGAGCCCCAGAAAAACACUUAUAAUUUUCAACUUGCACAAUAAUUUUUUGGUUGCAUUGUUUCAGUACUAUCAUUGCUACAGAUUCAAGGGUGAGUGGCCUGUCCCAUGUUCUGAUUUUGAAUACUGACGAUGUGGAAUAGCUGUACAUCGUCUUCAUUAAAAAGAAAAUAAUGGCAUUCAUGUCAUUGGACUUAUCCCUCAUCAUGGCUCUUGUAAGCAUUUCAUAACAACUUGAGAUUGAAACCAGUUCAUCAGGCUGAAUAGAUUUGUUCUGAGUGACAAACUAAUCUUUGAUACGAUUUACAUUAUUUUAAUAUACGUCUUGUAAUUUAAAUAGACCAGUUCCCCUCUCCCUCCUGAACUCAUGAUGUUAGUAUUUCUAUAUUUUUAUCUUAGUCUUUUAAGUAAAAGAUUCAAAUUUAGGACAGCAAUUUAUUUCUGGAAACCCUUCACAGCGCAGAAAGAAAAACACAUCAAAAUCUCCCUCCAGAUAUUACAUUUUGCAGUUUCUUAACCACUGUUAAGAUAUCAGGAGGUUCUUUGGGCACCCAUGUUCCUGUUUGCCUGCCCCUCCCCCUCUUAGUGCCCCCUGGUUGCUUCCCCCAUCCCCCACUUUAAUCAUGAUUUAGUUCAAAUUUAGCUCAUGUAGAGCCAUGUUAUUUGGGUCUCAUCCACCCUUGGCAGCAUGUAAUGUGCAGCAUGAUGGGAGCUGUAGUCCAGCAACAUCUGAGAAAUACCACUUUUGAAUGCCCCUUGCAGAGUGUUUGCUACCUAUGAACCAAGAUUAAAGCUACUUGAAGUCAGGUUUUUAUCAAUAAUUACAAGCUGGGUGUGAAAUCGUGUUUAAACCUAGUUGGGCUUUAGCAUCAGUUAUCUCUGGGGGGGAAAGGGAAAGGAGAAGGAGAGAGAGUAGAGAGACAAAUUUUGAAGAGGUACUCUCAUCUCUUCCAUUAGGAAAAACAUCUGCUUUCAGCCCAAUGACAUGCAAGUCACACUGUGAAUGUUCAGUCCCCACCACUUGCACUCACAUGUUGUUGUUACCUUGAUGUAAUUUUGAUUUGAGUAGAUUAUGAAAUACUGUACAGCGGUGAUGGCCAAACUUGGCCCUCCAGCUGUUUUGGGACUACAAUUCCCAUCAUCCCUGACCACUGGUCCUGUUAGCUAGGGAUGAUGGGAGUUGUAGUCCCAAAACAGCUGAAGGGCCGAGUUUGGCCAUCACUGCUGUGCAGUGUAGCUUCACAGCCUGUGCUCAGAAAUCACUUGUUUUGUAUGGCAACAUGUUUAUUGUCUUUCGCUUUGCUAUGAUAGCAAGUGGUUAUGUCCAUUUUAUAGAUUAGGGUUCAAGAGGAGGGGAGGUUAUAACUUUCUCAAGGUGCCCGUGUCAACCCUAGAUAUUUCAAUUCAAUGUGCCAACAUAGCUAUGCCAUGUCAUGUCCCUCAUGACUGCUUACAGAAAAUUAUUUUUCUGUCCACUUUACUGUAUGGCAUGAAAUUAUUACUUGGUAAACUUUAUUUUUUUUUUAUUUGGAGAAAGGAAUAAUGAUCUUGAAUUGGUUCUUAAUGGAUAAUACCCAACUGAGUUAUAUACAGAUUAGAAAUAAGAGGGCUUACAUGAUUUAUCACUAAUAUUGGCUAUCACCCGUUGCAUAUACCUUCAUGAUUUUGUUUGGGUUUUAAUAUUUAAAUCAAGUAUAAGCAACUUACAUCAAAUGCAUACUUCCUCCACCCCACCCCAGUGAAAAGAUCUUGACGGGGUGGGAGCAGCUUUGUGCAGUGAAGGGUGGAGUAAUGUUAAUUUCUCUUAAAAUUCUUUUCACUUUAUGAUUUUGGAGAGAAUAUGGUUAUGCUAUUCUUUUACUGUAUUUAUAAAUGUGUAUUCCUUGCCAAACUGUAUAAAUUCAGAAAUGUAACUACUGUAACCUAGAAUUAAUAUAGCUAUUAAUAAAAUUCUUAUUACAAUGUAAAAUAUAAAGCCAACCCUUUUUUGGGGGGGAGGUUUUGUGAGGUUUAUUUUAAAAUCUAGCUAAACUGCCUCAGGUGCUGCUUGGGAAACUUUUACAUCUCCCCUCUCCUUUCAGUUCCAUACAUCUUUCGCUUUUCACUUCUACCUGGUUUCUGCAGCCACUUACCUCUGCAUCUCCUGCAUCGACGCUAUAAUGCCCCAUGUUGUUUUAUCUCACCGUUCCCUCCACAUCCCUGCUUCUCGAUCAGCGUAUUUAUCGAUUUAUUUUUGUAAACUUCACAGGGCAUUAGCCUUCUCUAAUCUGGAACCCUCCAGACAUUGUGGCGCUUCACCCCCAUAAACGCUUUCCAUAAUGGCUGGUCGUCGGUUAUGAUGAGAGUUAAGAAGAGCUAAGCUGAAUCAGGCCAAUGGCUCACUACUCCGGCACCCUGUUCCCACAGUGACCAACCAGAUCCCUCUGGGAAGCCCACAAGCAGAUCCCAAGUGCAAGAGCACUCUCUCGCCCCACCACCGUGGCUUCCAGAAUCUGGCAUUCAAAAGCAUUACUGUCUUUGACUAGAGGCAGAGCAUAGACAUCAUGGCUUGGUAGCCAUUGAUAGCCUUUUCUUCCAUGGAUUUGUCCAAUCCUUUUAAAAAUCAUCCAAGUUGGUGGCCGUCACUACCUCCUGUUGGAGCACGUUCCAUCAUUUUAGCUGUGUGAAGAAGUACUUUCUUUUAUCUCUCCCGAAUCUUCUGAUCCUCAGCUUCCCCAAGUUUUAGUGCUAUGAAAGAGUGAGAAAAACUUCUCUCGCUCCACUUUCCCCAUGCCACAAAUAGCUUUAUAAACUUCUAUCAUGUCGCCUCUUCCUUGCCUCUUCCCUAAACUUAGGUAAAGGUAAAGGGACCCCUGACCAUUAGGUCCAGUCGUGACCGACUCUGGGGUUGCAGCGCUCAUCUCGCUUUACUGGCCGAGGAAGCCGGCGUACAGCUUCCGGGUCAUGACAAAGCUGCUUCUGGCAAACCAGAGCAGCGCACGGAAACGCCGUUUACCUUCCCUCCAGAGCGGUACCUGUUUAUCUACUUGCACUUUGACGUGCUUCCGAACUGCAAGGUUGGCAGGAGCAGGGACCGAGCAACGGGAGCUCACCCCGUCGCGGGGAUUCGAACCACCGACCUUCUGAUUGGCAAGCCCUAGGCUCUGUGGUUUAACCCACAGCGCCACCCGCAUCCCUACACUUAAGUAGUCCCAAAUGCUGCUGCCUUUAUUCAUAGGCGGGUCGCUCCAUCCCCUUGAUAAUUUUGGUUGCCCUUUUGCCGUCCAGCAACAGCUGGAGGGCACCAAGUUGGGGAAGGUGGCUGUAAAGCCUCUGAUGUAACCAAACGUUACUGUUGUUUUUGCAUGCCCAGUGUAGUUUGCCAAAGAAAGUAAGUAGUUUGAGUUGUUUGUUGACAAAACAUUUGAGGAAGCAAAUGCAGAGACGGCAUAGAUCUAGGGAGGUUGAGGCUUCUUCUAAGAACCAGCAUGUUUGUGCACCAAGGUUUCUAAUGGUAAAGAAACAGACCUGCCAGUGCUGAGGUCUUCCACUAGUAGUAACAAUAACUGCAGCUCCCUAUGUGCUGCUUGGCUCUACUUGUUUUACUCCCGAUUGGAAAGUUUGUUUGUUUUUAAAGAAAUCACUUUGUCAUCUUUUGCCACUGUUGUAAGGCUGGAUUUGCUGAUGACAAGUGGUACCUGAAGCAAAAUUUUGCAGCAUGCGUUCACCUGAUAGAUGUGCUCCUGUUUCAGGGUUGCAAUCACAAUACCGUGGUACCUUGGUUCUCAAUCCGUUUCGGAAGUCCGUUCCAAAACCAAGGCGCGUUCCAGACUUUUACAAGCACCCCCUAAAACAGCAGUUUAACGUGAAUUUUACUACCUAACAAGACCAUUGAUCCAUAAAAUGAAGGCAAUAAACAAUGUACUGCAGUCACACAAUUAGUCAGUAGCUGAACUGGGUUCCACACAGUCACAAAAACAAAACAAAAAGAGCCACAAAAACAAAACCGCAAAUUAAAUAGCAAAAGCAGACAGACCUCAGCAUAACAUUCAAAAUGGAAGUGUGGUGCUCAAAUAGGAAGCGUGGCACUCAAAACGAAGCACGUUCGGCUUCUGAAAAAAGUUUGCAAACUGGAACACUUACUUGCAGUGUUUGGGUUCCAAGGUGUUUGAGUCCCAAGGCAUUUGAGAACCAAGGUACCACUGUAGGUGGAAGGGAUCCAUAGCUUCUACUCCAAACUGCUGCCAAUGCAGGAAAUUCCCUAUUACACCAUUCCCAGAGGAUCUUCUUCCAGCUUCUGCAUAAAAAGGGGUAUAGAAGUUAGAAAGCUGCUGUUGGUCUAUCUAGCUCAGUAUUGUCCUGAAUUGCAGUGGCUCUCCAGAGUUCCAGGCAGGGGACAUUCACAGCCCUACCUGGAGAUCCAAGGAAUUGGACCUGGUGUCAUCUGCAUGCAACAUGGAUGCUUUCCGAAUGAGCUUUUCCAAGCCUAUUCCACGGACAAACAGCUUCUACCAUCACUCUUCCUAACAUUUAGCCAGGAUCCAUUUUCUUGCCAUUCGAACCCAUUGGUUUGAGUCUCGUCCUCUGGAACGACAACAAAAAUUGGAAGAAGAGAGCUGAAAAUAGAUUCUUAAGUGUCGCUCUCUUGAACUAGUAGCGCUAACCAGGAAGGAGCCAGCGUCACACGCAGAAUGCAGGAAACCUGAAAGAUUAACUUAAAUGUAAGCAGACAUAUGAUGAAAACAUGCAAAGGGGUGCAAAUGAGAUUAAAUACAAAAACAGUAGAAAAUUAAAGAGUAAGGCAGCACAAUGGAGAUAUAAAAAGAUACACAAUUUAUAAUGAGCAAUUAACUGAAAAAAUAAUUGGCAAAUAAAAAUAUUUAACAAAAUGGCUGGCACUAAAGCAUGCAUAUUACGUUGCCCUAAACAGCAUUUUCCUUCAACUUCCACCAGUCCAAACUAGCUAAAAGCUUACUAAAUUCUCCAGUAUAUAGUAAUAUAUAGUAAUGUAACCUAAAGAAUAAGGAGCGGAUGAUAGAUACCUAUGCAAGGAGGGAUCCAAGGAACAGGUUCUUGGGGCAGUGGGAGAGGGAACUGGAGGUAAAUGAAUUCAAUAUCCUGAAUGGUCCAAAUAGGAAAUUAAUUAAGAUCAAAAUAGAUUUAAAAAUGUUUACAGUGUGAAGAGUGCAGUCUGAGCAUCCCAGGAAGAUAAACAGAACCUUAGGGGAAAUAAAAACCAAAGAAAAGGCAUUUAUUCAGAACGGGUCAGGAGCCAAAUAUUCAAUUCCAGAAGCCUAACUCAGAAAAAAUGGCCAGGAGUAGCAUAAAAAACUAAAGUGUUCAAAGCUCCCACAGUGAAGGCUGAGGCAAGCUGAGCGCCAGUUGUCCUCAGAAAAACUCUUAGUGAAAGGAACAAUAAAAUAAAAUCAAGUUGUUUGAAAAAGUGAGUCCUAGCACCGAGGUACAGUUGCAUUUGGAUCUUGACACCUCAUUUUUUCCUGUGUCCUUAUUUGUUCAUUUCUCUCACUCCACUUUUUCUCACUAAAAUUUAGUUCUAUAUUGGUGAAUGACGUGUUGGGCGCCUGCAGAAAACAGUUUCCAAUUGUUUUAAGAUACUUGGCAUGCUUUCAUGCCUGAUGAGGGGACAUGGAGAUUCAUGGUCACUCAGAGCUGCUAAAAUGCAGGAGAACAAACCUGUAUCUUCUUCAUAACUGGUGUAUAGUUUUAAGGCCUUGGCAGCAUUUCUGCUCCCCAUAUUCCAGAGUCUAGGCCAGUGUCCCCCAAACUUGGGUCUCCAGCUAUUUUUCAGACUACAAUUCCCAUCAUCCCUGACCGUUGGUCUUCCUAGCUAGGGAUAAUGGAAAUUGUAGUCCAGAAACAGCUGGAGACCCAAGUUUGGGAAACAGUGGUCUAGGCAGAGACAUUUCCAUCUGUAAGAAAGACAUGGAGGCCUGCUUAAGCCAUGAGCCAGAAUUUCUUAAGCAAAGCUUUCCACUCCAUAGUUAUCUGGGGUGACCACUUUUGCCAUUAAUGCAGAUCUCAAUAAUACAAAGGAACAAGCCAUGCCUUCCUUUAGGAUUUUAUAAGCUUAAGCAAGCCAAUUCGAUCCACCACUGUUUUUCUGGUUUUCUUUUCUAACAUCCCUUGGUAGUGUUUGGUAACCACAGAUCAUUCACAAUCCCAUUGUUUUUGGGGGAGAUGGGGAGCUGCUCCAUUUCAAAGGGUUUUUUUUUGAUACUUCUGCAACCUUGCAGUUUGUCCAGGCAUACAAACAACUACCUCUUUUUUCUCAGUGGCCCUAUUUCAGCUAUGAUCGUGAAUUGAGUCCUCAGUAUUCACAGUCAACGUUUCUCAUGGCUACUAGGAUAAACAAUUACAAUCCUACGAGCAUCUAGAGGUAUUUGCCUAUCAUGCGCAAGGUCCCAAGCUCAAUCUCAGAUUUUUGGGGGGGGAGCAGUUGUUGAUCUUUUUUUAGGGAGGAGGCAAAAGUGACACACCAAACGAUCGCUCAGCAAACAAGAAGAAACUGUGCAGCGAUAACUCGGUCUUCCAUUUUUGCGUUCAUGCGCAAUUGAAGAACAGAGCGAGAAGGCAGGGGCGGAUGUUCUUUCUCCCCCCGUGGAGAAAAAAGAGCCCACGAUCGACCGCUAGCAGUCAGGCAUCGACCUGUCGAUCGCGGUCGAACCGUUGGACAUCCCUGCUUUACAAGAGCUGACACCUUACAGUCAGAGCAGCAGAGCUGGGCUUGAUGGGCUAAUGGUCUGUCUCCAUAUGAGGCAGCUUCAUGCGUGAGGAACAUAAUGCUGGAUAAAAAAUGCCUCUGGGCUGGAUAUUCCAGGCUCCUCUUAACGUGGCAGGAUCCGGCAGCCCCCUUGGUGUGCAUUCUGAAAUUGCGGAUGUGAAAACGCCAUGCUGGGUUUUAUUUUUCCAUGUCAGUUUCUCAAUGGAGACGUCUCUCUCUGCUGUUCACCAAGCAAACGUGAGCUGGUUGGCAAAUUGUGUUGCAGAGCCAUCCUUGCCAAGCCUCACACAUUUGCAUCGGCUUGGAUGCGAACGUCAGUUAACGGGAUGAGUUGUGUGCAAUUGAUUGGCAGUAGGCUCAGGACAGACAAGAGAAAAGUACUCCUCUUAGGAGACUUGUGAUUCAGGGAAUUUGCAGCUUCAGGAUGAAGUGGUGGCCUGUAGCUCCAUGCUUGUUUUUUUAUUUAAAAGAUUAGACAAAUCCAAAAAGAAUUGGCCUGCCAAUUAAGCAUGAAGGCUAAAUGCUCCAUGCUCAGAAGAAGGGAGCCACUGAAUAUUUCUUGUUUGGAAGUAACACCAGUGGAGACCCACUGCUCUCAUGUGUUUCUAGGAGGGUGACUGAUUGGUCAUUGAGGGAAGCAAGUCUCUGGACCACCUGGGCCUUUAGCCUGCCCAGGUGGGGCUCCUGCUUCUAGAUGAUAUUUUCCGCCUUUGCAUCUGAUAACCCACUGGUCGUUUGUUUCUCAUCCCCAAAUAUGGAGCUGAUUUCCUCCCCCGCCCUUUCUUCAAUGCAAUUUCCCAAAGCUUUGUUUCUCUUGCCUUCCAUUUUGUUCGGAUGUGUAGAGUUGCCUUCCCACUGGGGCUUCCCCAUUCAUUUCAGUGGAGGUGGCAGCUUCCAGUAAGCAAUCUCUUGCAUGUACCAUAUUGCUGCCUCUGCCAAAGUUAAUGGGGCGCCCUUGUGUACAGGAGUGUGGGGUGUGCACAUUGAACUGAAGCAGAGGGUAAAGGUAAAGGGACUCCUGCCCAUAAGGUCCAGUCGUGGCCGACUCUGGGGUUGCGGUGCUCAUCUCGCUUUAUUGGCCGAGGGAGCCGGCAUACAGCUUCCGGGUCAUGUGACCAGCAUGACUAAGCCGCUUCUGGCGAACCAGAGCAGCGCACGGAAAUGCCAUUUACCUUCCUGACACAAUGGUACCUAUUUAUCUACUUGCACUGGCGUGCUUUUGAACUGCUAGGUUGGCAGGAGCAGGGACCAAGCAACAGGAGCUCAUCCUGUCGUGGGGAUUCGAACCGGCAACCUUCUGAUCGGCAAGUCCUAGGCUCUGUGGUUUAACCCACAGCGCCACCCGCGUCAGAGUUGGGAGGACACUAACUUAAGAUUCCCCUCGUUCUAUCCCAUGCAAGUAUGGGGAAAGUGUCAAUUUUCUUGGGCACCGGGAUCUCAUCCCUGAAUUUCUACCUAUUCUUAUUGUAGGCUUCCAUUCUGCUAUGGAAACCAAUGCUUGCCACUAAUAAACCUGCAUAACCAUAGCCAUUCCCUUCUGUGUGAUACAGAAGUGAAGAACAUAUCAGAGGACAGUCGGCUUUGCAGACUGAGAGAAAUGGCAAAGUUGCAGGACGUUGCGUUGUUAAUUUCCUAACAGGACAGCCGUUUUAGCCAGGGCCUAGACAAAAACUUUUGGUGCCAUGUAACCCAGUCCUUUGCAUAUUUACUCAGAAACAAUUCCCAGUGUGUUAAAUGGAACUUAUUCCCAAGUGUAUUGCAGCCUGAGUCAGAAAAUUCAUAAGCUACCCCACCACCUGUACAAAAAGAAGGAUUCCUUCUUCCAGUUUCCUCCCUGUACAGGUCUCAUUGAAUGCCUUUGUAUGGCUCCCCUUAAGUCCAGCAGGGCUUGUGAAAGAGAUUAUUCACCUUCCUGACUUUCCCCUCACCUGCCCAUGAUCGGCUUUGUUUGCCUUUUGCCUGGGCUGCUUCUGGAUUUAGCUUAAUGCAAACAUGCAUAGGAAUUUCCCUUUCCCCAAUCUCAUUUGAGAGUCCAGAACAAUCAAAUAACGCAACUCUUCCAUUGACAGUUUUAGGGCAUUUGACUUUUGCCAGUUUUUCUUUUAAAGAAACCUAGUUUAAAUAUUUAUUUUCAUAAUUGACAAAUGUUAAUUAUUGUUCAGCAUGUAAACUGUUUGUUCAAUGUAUGCUAAAAAUUUAAGCUAAGUUAUAAGGUGUGCUGUUUGGAAGUGUGGAAGAUACAGGAGUUGGAGCUACAGAUAGCAAGUUUAUGCUUGUAUUUCCUACUGAUGAAGACUUUCACCCAAGUUAUUCUCUGGGUAGGUGAUAAGAAUAUCACUCUGCAUGUAUAUACAUUUAUUAUACAUUUUUGCAUGAUUAUACAUGUAGGAGUGGUACAAUUUUGACUUUACUCCAGUUAUUGUCUAAAUACAAUUUGGCUCAUUUAGACCUGUCCGAUUCGACUUUUGACAAUAUUACUGACAAUUAAAGUAAACUCAUUUGCAAAACAUGGAAAAAUUAUGAGUAGCUCCUUAAUUGGCUAGAUAAGAAACAGUCAAUAUUGUACUUGACCCUCGUAUCUUCUGCACUCAAAACAUUUUUUAUUGACCAUGUAAUGUCAAUUGAUACCAUAUUGCACUGAACUCUGAUGAUAUUGUGGGGCGGAAAAUUACGCCUUUGCUUAACUCUGCACGCCAGUUCGUGUUGUAACACACAUUCUCACUUCCCACCUAAAAAAAAAUUCUCACCCUUGCAUAUAAAGUUUAAAGCCCUAUUUUCAACAGCAAAUGUCAAUCUGCAACUGGCUAUGAUUCCUCCCCGCAUUACAAUCAUCAGUGUUUCGUGUUGGACCAUUGUCCCCUUUGUACAUACUAGUAGUUAACCAUCCCAUUUACCUUUUAUUUAAGUUGAAUCUGUCUUAAUUUUUGCAACUCUGACGUUGUUUCAGGAAGCAGGUUGUUAUUGAUGCUGGUUUAUCCUGAAUCUUCUGUACGUUUCUUUAACGUAAUUUACAGAACUGAUUUCGGGAUACUUUAAAGUGGCAGUGGUUCCUUAUGGAAUUAAGAAACGUCUUGCUAAAUUACCUGGUUUAUUUAGUUAUUUGAGAAAUGAAAUCCAAAACGUACCAAAAUCCCUGUGUUCCUGAACAGAGCGUUUGGUUGGCCACUGUGGAAAACAGGAUGAACUUUGGGUCUGCUCCAAAGUUGGGUUCUUAGAUUCCUAAAACUUUAGCUUCAUUUCCCAUAAUACGGAACAUUAUUCUUCUACUAUAUCGGAUUACACUGGGAUUUAUACUGCAUGGUAGCUGGCAGCCAUUUUAUAUAAGAGAAUAACUGCUUUUAUACUGAAUCAUUUUUAUUGGUCCAUCUAGCCCAGUGCCCUCUGUCCAAACUGGCAGUAGGGAAUCUCAAAGUCUUCCCCAGCUUUGUGACAUGAGAACCUUUCACUGAGGAUGUCUGGCAAAUCAUUGGGCUCCAUAUCCCAUUUGCACACCCACAUUAGCCACUGGAAGGAUUCUUUUUAUAUUCUGUUUCAGCCAGGACAGAGUGAGGGUCAGUUCUCUUGACAGCAAAGUGAGUUUUUCUUUCAGAAUAUGCAUUGCAGCCCUGUUUAGGGAAGUUUUUAAUGUUUGAUGUUCUAUUGUGCUUUUAAUUCUGUUGGGAGCCACCCAGAGUGGCUGGAAAAACCCAGCCAGAUGGGCGGGGUAUAAAUAAUAAUAAUAAUAAUAAUAAUAAUAAUAAUAAUACCUCCAGAAGGGGUGUGUAUUGCAGACUUUGCAAAAUUCAGUUCUACGUGGCAUGGCGGUUUUAAAGGGGACAAGUCAGAUGCAUGGAGAAACAGCUAUUAGUGAUGAUGGCUUUUAUGAAACCUCCAUUUUUAUAGGAGUAUAUAUCUAAAUAUUAAGUACUGGGGAGCAAAAGCAGAGGAGGCUAUUGACUUUAUGUGCAGCUUGUGGCCUCCAAAAAUAUUUGGUUGGCUGCUGAAAGAAGCAAACUGUUGCACUUAGAUGGAUCUUUGGUCUGAAACAGAAAGCUGCUUUCACAUUUUAAAAAUCCAAAGAUCCAUUUAACUUGUUUGCAUGCCUAAAGAAACUUUAGACUGAUGCCGACACACAGGAACACCUGAAACACACAAUGCUUCAUAGUAGAAGACGUUUGAAAUGGAGGAGAAUAGCAAAAACUGUUUGUGAUGUGACAUUGGGAGUGGGAGGCGGUCUGCUGCUCAUUGAAAAAGCAGAAAACCCCAAGAACAUUUAAAAAUAAUUCCCCGCCAGGUUAUUCUAAGACUGAGCAUUUCAGGUGUCUAGUCUCCAGACAGGACUCUGAACCAUAUAAAUUAAAGAAGGGACUGCCUCUGUGUUUUUCUGUGUCACAAAGACUUGUACCAUGAUAAUGCAUGACUGCAUGGACUAGCGAGAUCCUGGCUCAAUGCAGAUGAAACAAACCAUAAUUUGGUUGUUGGGAACACACUCUGUGCUUGCACAUGCCAGUUACCUUCUGUGCUUCCUAGGUUACGGUAAUCAUAAGUUGUUGUGAUGUCUGAAACUAUGAGUACUUCUGAUCGCGGGUUGCCUCCAAUCUAGAGUUGGAAGCCCACUUCAAACCAUGAUUUCUCAUUCUGUUUGGAGGCAGACUGUGAGUAGUGAUACCCAUAAUUUGCUUAACUCAGACAUUGAGGCAAACUAUUGUUCCUAGAAACCAGGAUGUGGAGGACCAUGAGCAAGUUGCGUGUUUCCGACAGCCAAAUCUUGAGUUUGCCUCAUUGCCUAGCUUGAACGGUUGAUUCUUCAGUCUACAUAGUUGCUGCUUUCCCCAUUCCCUUCCUCUCUCCCACUUUCAUAGGAGUAGAUGGUUGUUUCUAAGGCAGCUAUAUUGAGAAUAGGCAUGCCGUGCUUUGCUUGCAGUCCAUCUGGCGCUCUUCACUCUCCCCCCGCACCCUCCUCUCACUUAGCAACAAAAAUACUCUGCUGUAAUUUUGGAAAGAAUUGAUGUGAAUUCUUUUGUCGGUGUGUUAGAUGAGUGAAUCGAAAAGGAGGGUUUGUCCUCAUCUGCCCCCCUUAAUUGUAAGUUGCCAGAUGAAAUGUGACAUACCUUUUCCAUAGCUCGUUGGUAGAGUAAAUGCAUGCAGCCCUUUGCAUUUCCAGUUAAAGCAGUGUUUCUCAACCUGUGGGUCCCCAGAUGUUGUUGGACUACAACUCCCAUCAUCCCUGAACACUGGUCAUGCCGGCUAGGAAUGAUGGGAGUUGUAGUCCAACAAUAUCUGGGGACCCACAGGUUGAGAAACACUGAGUUAAAGCAUCUCAGGUACAGAGGGCAGCAUCCCCAGAUCUUGGAGGGCUGCUGUCAGAGUGUACCUUGCUAGGCCACAUGGACCAAUGAUAAUUAGACUCAUUAUAAGGCAGCUUCAUGUGUUCGCACAUGUAUGUUUCUGCACCACUUUUUCUGCAUCCGUGCUUACAGUUUUCAAAAUCUUCAAAAGCGCAGAAAUGCUGAUGUUUACCAGUUUAGAAACUAUAUAUAUAAACCACUCAAUAAAAUAAAGAAUAAUCUCUUAAGCAGUGUGCAUUACGCAGUAUAAUGAGAUGCAGAUAAAAUCAGCAGAAUUUAAAAGCAGGUACAUAUCUGGAUAGGUCUGGACAAAGUCUUCUUAAAGGUAAAGGGACCCCUGACCAUUAGGUCCAGUCGUGGCCAACUCUAGGGUUGCGGCGCUCAUCUCGCUUUUUUGGCCGAGGGAGCCGGCGUACAGCUUCCGGGUCAUGUGGCCAGCAUGACUAAGCCGCUUCUGGCUAACCAGAGCAGCGCAUGGAAACGCCGUUUACCUUCCCGCCGGAGCGGUACCUAUUUAUCUACUUGCACUUUGACAUGCUUUCGAACUGCUAGGUUGGCAGGAGCUGGGACCGAGCAAUGGGAGCUCACCCCGUCGCGGGGAUUCGAACCGCCGACCUUCUGAUUGGCAAGUCCUAGGCUCUGUGGUUUAACCCACAGCGCCACCCAUGUCCCUUAAAGUCUUCUUAGCAAGCGUCAAAACACAGUAUAGCAAGAGUGCCUGAAUAGCUCUAACAUGCAGGGAGUUCCAUGGCAUAGUUGCUGCCACCCUGAAAGUUGGGCAGACAUGGAAUGAUUGUUAUAAGAGUGCAAGCCCUGUAAAUCAAAGUGGUGGAGAAGGCAAGAGAGGCGCACUGCGGUCCCUCAAGCAAGCAGGUCCCAAGGUAUUAAGGGCUUUAUAUACCAAUAGGAAAACUUGGCCCAGGAGCAAAUCAGCAGGCACUGCAAACCUUUGGGCCGAGGUGUGGUAUGCUGGGAGGGUCUCAUUCCUGUCAGCAGCUGCACUGCACCAUUCUACACUCACUGCACUUUCCAGACCACCAGCAAGGGAAUAUAAAGUUCAGUUCAAGGGGAGAAAUAGGGCAGAUCUGUCAGAUCUGCACAAAGUAGUCCGAUGAUAGUUUUAACUGGAUUGCUCAUGUGGUUAGAGCACGGUGCUGAUAACACCAGGGUUGCAGGUUCAAUUCCCGUAUGGGACAGCUGCAUAUUCCUGAAUUGCAUGGGGUUGAAUGAGAGGAUCCUCAGAGUCCCUUCCAACUCUAUGAUUCUAUUAUUCUUUUGUGGGAAAUAUGAAGUAUAUUUCAUUACCAGUAAUACUUUAGAUAAAUAAUAUUGGUGUUAUGUAAAGGAUUUACUUGCAUAUUACUUCAACAAAUGACGUUUAUGGUCUACAUCAGCCUUCUGCAACCUGGGGCCACCCAGAUAUUUUGGACUACAGUUCCCAUCAGCUGGGAGUUGUAGUCCAAAGCAGCUGGCGGACACCCCAUCCAAGAAGGCUGAUCUGUAUCAAAUGAAAGUUGGCAGUUUUGUCACUGCUUUUGAUGUAUUUAGUAUUCAAAUGCUAACGCUCAGUCUAUAGACAGCAAAGCAGCAGUAGAGUUUGUGCUUCCUCCGAGCCGCUUGCGGUCUUAAUAGCUGCGGGUUUUCUUUCCUUCCCAGAUGGAGCUCCGGUUGUGGCUCACUAUGAUAUCUCGGACACAAAUUCCGACCCGGAAGUGGUGAAUGUAGACAAUCUAUUGGCAGCUGCGGUAGUCCAAGAGCACAACAGUUCUGUCGCUAACCAGGACACUGGGCCUACUUGGAGGACGAGAGGGCUGCUAGAAGAGCUGAAUGCUGAGACAGGUGAGUAGGGGAACAUUGUCCCAGUUCUACGCUAGCUCCUGCGCCUGGCCUACGCUGUUGUCCCCCUGCCGCGUCUCUUCAUCUGUAGCCUGAGGUCAUCAGGCCUGCAGCAACAAGGCAGGCAAACCCAUUCUUUCCACUGCUCGCUAUUAGAAAACUUAAGUGAACACAUUGUAAAUAUGGCUGAACUGGCAUGGUUGUUGUUCUUUAGUCGUUUAGUCGUGUCCGACUCUUCGUGACCCCAUGGACCAGAGCAUGCCAGGCACUUCUGUCUUCCACUGCCUCCCGCAGUUUGGUCAAACUCAUGCUGGUAGCUUCGAGAACACUGUCCAACCAUCUCGUCCUCUGUCAUCCCCUUCUCCUUGUGCCCUCCAUCUUUCCCAACAUCAGGGUCCUUUCCAGGGAGUCUUCUCUUCUCAUGAGGUGGCCAAAGUACUGGAGCCUCAGCUUCACGAUCUGUUCUUCCAGUGAGCACUCAGGGCUGAUUUCCUUCGGAAUGGAUAGGUUUGAUCUUCUUGCAGUCCAUGGGACUCUCAAGAGUCUCCUCCAGCACCAUAAUUCAAAAGCAUCCAUUCUUCAGCGAUCAGCCUUCUUUAUGGUCCAGCUCUCACUUCCAUACAUCACUACUGGGAAAACCAUAGCUUUAACUAUACAGACCUUUGUUGGCAAGGUCUGUAUAGUGAAAGCGAUGGUUUUCCUAGUAGUGAUGUAUGGAAGUGAGAGCUGGAGACAAGCUGUAUUCCAAGCAGGCAAACUUUGCCCCCUAGAGCACCUGUGGCUGACCACUUCUCUGGAAGUCCAAAACAGAAAGAUAUUCUUCCUUUCAUUCCCCAGUAAAUACUCUUGAGUUUAAUCCCUUUUCUCCCAAUACCUCAGCUACUCAAAAGUAGCCAGUCCUUUUGUAAUACAAACCAAUAGGGUUCAGAACAUGUGCACAGUUCCUUUGCAAAAGAUAGUGAAAGAAAGAGAGAGAGAAUAUCUGAACUUCUGAUUAAAUGCUUCCAAAGGAUGAAAGACCAUGAGUGAAGCCUAACAUUUUUAUGGGAUUCUGAGACCAGUAAAUGCUGGCCCCUUAAUGGAAGCCCGACUCAUGCAGGUAAAACUAACUUACUCUGACAUUUUUAUUUGCAUGUCUGUGUAUGUGAUGUGUCACUUUUCCUCUUCCUUCCUUUUCCCCACCUUUUCUGAAUGAUCUGGUGUUUGGUGUCAAUGAUUUAGAAAGAUAUUUCUCUGGAAUUUCUCACAAAAAUCUUCCAGACCACACAAUUGUUCAGGGACACUUUUAUAUUCUCCAAGGAUAUUUCACAAAGUUUUGUUAAACUCUGGGUCCUUUCUUAAAUCCAAAAGUGCUCUUUGGGUUUAUUUUUUUGUAGAGCUAGGCUGAUGGAAGGGACCCUCUAGCAGGUGGACAGUAGACUGUGUCAGGUUCAACCUGGUGGCAGUCCAUCAUUUUUUAAAAAAAUAUGAAGUGUCUGUUUUUAUACAAAAACAGGGUCUGCCAGGAAGGAAAGUCUUCUCCCCGUCCCCGACUCCCAAUCCAUGGCUGGUAUAUUUUGCAAUGGCAGUGUGAUGAAUGGGUCUUUGCUUGACGUUGGUGAGAGACGGCUUCUUUCUAAGGAUUUCCUGCAAGGGUGAUCAAGCUGCUGAAUCUUGGGUUGGGUUGUCCUUCUUCUUUGCCUUCUACAGAUCACUUGAAUGCUGGAUUCCUGGCAAGCGGCAAGGCCCCCAGCAGCAACACCCAGGUCAAUGAAGAAAUUAAUAUAGCAUCAUCAGAUAGCGAGGUGGAGAUCGUGGGAGUUCAGGAACACGCAAGGUACUAAUUUCCCUUUUAAGCGCUGAGUCCAUCUAAAUACUUGGAAUUAAUUUUUGAAAAGGAAGAAAAUGCAGAUCAGUUGGUCAUCUUACUUUUUUCCGCCUGUGGGUAGGUUUUCUCCCACCCUCUGUUAAGACGACUUGCCCUUUCCCUGUCUUAACCCCGGAAGUGCAUACACAUUAAACACGGACCUAGUGUCAAAUAUAUGAUUGAUAUUUGGGUGCGGCGGAAUCUGCCGAACCCAGAGGCACAGGGCACAGAGAAGGGUGUCUUCAUCAUACCGUAUAGUGUGCGCAGCUGCUACAAGCCGCUGCAAGCUUAUUUUUAAAUGAACCAAAGCAGCAAAACCAUAAGGGAGCAAAGCAAAGGGAGAACCCGAGUCUUAAGGAGAUCGUUUUUUUAAAACAGGAAAGAAGUGUUUCAAGCGGCAGGGGAGAAAGGCAUUCCAGACAUAGGGAGAAGUGGAAGCAGAGGAGGAAGUGAAGUGGAAGCAGAGGAGGAAGUCAAUGAGGUGUCAAAAGGCAAGGCAAGAAGCGAGAGCAAAGAACCGUUUGAGCAAAGGCGCAGAGCCCAACUGCCCCUCAGUUUCCAGUGUGAAGGCAGCAUAAGAUUCCCCGCCCUCCCACUCUACACAGGUACUGGCUGCCGGGGACCACAAGGAAGCCUGCUCAGCAUCUGGGCACAGACAGUCACUGUCGUCCUGGUUUCAUGCUCCUCUUUCUAGGGAGCGAAGCUGCAGGUGGCCUUGGUGUCUGGCCAAUAGCAGGUAUCCGACUGGGCGAGAGUUAGCCCUUCACUGACCCUGUAGGACCUUCUGGCCACUGGAACGCGAUGUAGCUCUAAUCCCAGGUUUCUCCAUCCAUGGCGGGGGGUAUACAGGCUGUAAGCGGGUUCACCUUUCAAAUUCCAGAGUCACCUUUUGAACAACGCUAAAACAGUUUUUGGAAAUCUGGAAGUGGGAGUAAGUGCAUUGACAUCUCUGCAAAAUUCCAUAGAAUGCGAAAGGCAGGUGGCCUUUUUAACCCGUGUCAUUAAAAAAAAAAGGGGGCACAGGGUGAUAUUUCUCGUUGCUUUGAUCUAGUCAGGCGUGGUUGCAAUCUGAUGCUCCCUUCCCCUACACAAGCAGGUUAGGGGGGCAUUUUUCCCUGAUGCUCCCUCCCCCUACACAAGCAGGUUAGGGGGGCAUUGCAAGAAAUGUGGGUGCCUCCCCAUAUCCUCAUCCAGCCCCCCCCCCCAGCAUGUCACUCAGCUUACUCGUUCUCAGGAGUAAGUGAAUUGAAGAUACUGAUGGGCUUGUACUCCCAUUGCAUCAACUUGUUCAGCACGGAAGACCACGGCUUCUAUAAAAACCCUGUAACAGCCCAAUCCUUGUAACAUUCUCUGUAUCUCAGAAAUGCCCUAGAUGUUGUUCUUGACUGACUAGGCUCUGAGCCAGGCACUGUUUCCUCUGCCUAAACCUCCCACCUUGGUAAAUACGAACAUGAUAAUACUGACCUUGGCAUGGCUGCUGUAUGGAUUGCUUAAAUAAUGACCUUGAAAGCCCUAAACAGCCUCAGCCCUGUAUAUCUCUACCCCCAUCGUUCAGCCCGGACACUGAGAUCCAGCGCCGAGGGCCUUCUGGCGGUUUCCUCCCUGCAAAAAGUGAGGUCACAGGGAACCAGGCAGAGGGCCUUCUCGAUAGCGGCGCCCGCCUUGCGGAACGCCCUUCAAUCAGAUGUCAAGGAGAUAAACAUCUGCCUGAAUUUCCAAAGGCAUCUGAAGGCAGCUCUGUAUCAGGACGUUUUUAAUACUUUAUGUUUAGUUGUAUUUUUGUGUUCCCGUGUUUUAUUCCGAUUUCUGCCCUCUGCACCGCUUUGAUGGUGUUACGCCACAAGCAGUCUAAUUUUUAAAAUAAUAACAAUAGCCAUAAUAACAAGCGAAGUGCUUUGAAACACCCUCAAGUGCUGUAUAAAUUGUAAGGACGGUUCGGUGAUUAUCCUUUGGUGCCCAUUUCACACAUGAAGUUAAUUCCUCCAAAUUAUGCUACAUUUUAAAAGCCCCUUUACACCUCCCUCCCUUAUCACAUUUUAGGCAAUGUUGUUGUUGUUUAGUCGUGUCCGACUCUUUGUGACCCCAUGGACCAGAGCACGCCAGGCACUCCUGUCUUCCACUGCCUCCCGCAGUUUGGUCAAACUCAUGCUGGUAGCUUCGAGAACACUGUGCAACCAUCUUGUCCUCUGUCGUCCCCUUCUCCUUGUGCCCUCCAUCUUUCCCAAUAUCAGGGUCUUUUCCAGGGAGUCUUCUCUUCUCAUGAGGUGGCCAAAGUUUUAGCUUCAGGAUCUGUCCUUCCAGUGAGCACUCAGGGCUGAUUUUCUUAAGAAUUUUAGCCAAUGCUUGGACAUAAUUUGUCUGUCUCCCUCUCCCUGCUUUGAUGCAUUCAUUUUGGCGAGCCCUUUGCCAAAAAAAUUAGGGUCUUAAUGCAUCUGUGUAAACCAGGGAUAGUCAACCUUUUUAUAUAUACUGCCCACUAAUGCAUCUUCCUUGAUGGUAAAAUUUCCUUACCGCCCCCCAGUGCUCGAUGGAAGGAGGAUUCAUCUUGUGCCACAGAACCCUCUACCGCCCACCUAGAAUCCUGAAACGUCCACUAGUGGGCUGUAGGAACCAGGUUGACAACCACUGGUGUAAACCACUCCUUGUGCUCCAAUAGGUGAGCCUUGACGGGAAUGUCCUUUGUCUCCCCUUUGUUUUCCGCAGAUGUGUCCAUCCUCGGGGAGGAGUGAUUCAGAGUGUGUCUUCCCGGAAACACGUCUCAGGCCUGCAGUGCACCCGGCAAUCUGAACCAUGGACAGGUGUGGCCCCCCCGCAGAAUUGGUCUUCGCCGCCCGAAGUGGUGGAUCUCACGCUGGACGAGGACAGCAGGCGCAAAUACCUACUGUAAUGCAACUUCACUGUGUUUUCUAGUCACUUAGCCCUCCUCUUCCUUUUGUGGCACAGAAGUUUCUGGUUAUCGCCUCGGUGUUCAAAGCCUCUGCUCCUGGCAUUCUGGAAUUCAGAGUCCUCCGGGAGGGUUUCCUCCUCUUCUGAACUCCUCCCCCCCUCCCCGACACCCUCCAAUUAAAAUUGCAUCAUCAAGAACUUUCCUUGAGAUAUUGACCCCUCUGUAGUCAAAGGGAGCUUUCCCUCUUACGGAAAACUUAGUGGCACUGUACUUCAAUAACAACUUCCAGGUUUUUUUUUCAUUGUGUGUGAUUAAUUUAGAGCAUUCGUUGACAGCAGCAGUGACACCUUCCAACCCAUGCCCUUUAGAGAGCCGUACAAUUGCUUUAAUUCACCACUAAAACGGAUGUCGCUGGUACAUGCGGGGCUUUAUUCUUAUUUUUCCCCUUGCAUUUUUUUAUUUAAAAAAAAUAAAAUAACACCACUGGCCCAAUUUGUUCAUAGCUCUGAAUGCCCCCAUCAUGAUUGUAGUAUAGCUGUGGGAGCUUAGAAGGGGGCAUUCAUAAUGCAAGUUGAUUUGGUUGCAAAACCAGCAGGACUUGAUCACAGAAGGCCUCUAGCGUGCACUGAGCGGCUCUAUUUAAAACCCUAAAGAUUGUUCUCGACAUAAUUUGUAGCUUGCACACUGCUCAGUGCUCAGUCUCCUCAUAAUAAUGCAUUUUAUUUUUUCUCUCUAGACUACUGUACUGUUACUGGUCAUUUGGCCCAGAUUGUUACAGCCUUUUUUUGUUUUGUUUUGUUAUUGUUGUCGUUCACCCGAAGCAAACAAAAGCACAAGGAAGCGAAGCAUCACAAAAGUACCUAAUUCUGAUCUCAGGUGUGGUUUUCAUGUUAAGCUUUAAAGGUCUGGGUGCAGCCUAACCCGUAUCUCUACGUGUUUGGAGGUAUGUAAAAGCAGAACAUGAGCACCAGAGUGGAUCCUUCUGCCCUGGGCUGCAUUUGUACAAAGGAAUUUUGGUUUUUUAACAAACCUUUAGCACACUAUCCUUCCUGUCCUCCCCUUAGCAAGAGAAGAAUUAGAGGAGGCUGCUGGGUCGCUAGGGACUCGCCUUCCAAGGGAAGCGUUUUCGCAGCUGGGCGAAUGUUUACAGAGUAGGCCCAGUUCAGUCUCUUCCCAGGGUGACUGGCACCUACUCUGUUCGAAACAGAGCAAGAAAUAACUCGCGGAGAGGAAGCCUCCCGUAGCUUCUCUGAAUAUUACCACCCUACAGAGGAAAGCAUGAGGCUCUGUAUGCAAAGCAUGUAUGAUCAAAAGUAGAACAUAUCCUGUUACAUAGCCCCCCCCCCCCCGGAGAAUUACCCAGCACGGCUUUGCCUUCAUUCAUUUGAUUGCUGCCGCAGAAAGAGCAGCGAAAUCUGGAGCAGCAAGGGAAGCUUUGCCACAUAUAUGGAUCACUUCAUGAGGACGAAAAAAGAAUGGGAGGGGUUUGGGGUUUCCUUUUGUGUGUGUGCAUCUUCAGAGACGAGGUGUUAAUCUGUAAGUGUACCUUUGCUUUUCAUACUCACAUGAGAAAUGGCCCUUGAUUUUACCUUCUUUUAAAAACUCGACUGAGCACUGCUGGGCUUCACCAGCUCUUGGGUUUAUGCCCCUUGGCUUUAGAACGGUUCCCUGGCUCAGAUUCUGCAAAUGCCUUCUGCAAGUCCGGGCAUUUGCUGCAAGCCGGGAUUUCUCCUUCCCCACAUGCCUUCUGUUCUCUUGCAAGGGCUGAUAGGACUUAGACAGCAGCAUAAUGGCAGCUGGACUCAUUGGGCACAUUAGAUCUUCAUGUUUGUCCAGUCACCUUUAGCUGUAGAGUCCAUUGCACACCCAGACAAAGUUGUUCUGCUGGAUUCCUGAUCAGUGUUGGCUUCAAUCAUUAAUGCAUUUGGGGCAGUUUCUGAAUAAUAUGUGGGCAAUGCCCUUUGUUCCUCAAGACUCCUAGAAUGCCUUGACAGUUCGAAACGGCAUUCCUGCAGUUGUUUCAGUUCUGUUAUAGGUCGCUGUAAAAUGAUCGUUCCUUAUGCAACGGCAGUAGCUGCUGGUGGACCAAACCUUUGCAUAUGGUAGGGUCACUACUCUGUACCUGGGUUAUCAAGGAGUAAGGAUAUUCUCUCUCUGGAAGGGUAGGACACGCCAAAGCUGAGAAGCAACUUCAGUUCAUGCUGAGCCUUAUAAGAACAGAAGAGGAAUGUCCUGGCAUUCAGGCAGGUGGUGUUGGAAGGGAAAAAAGCUGUAUCGCCAUGCUUCUUGUUGUCUAUAAAAGCCCUAGAUAUCCUAUGCAUUCCUCAAGUGAGGUUGGGGGGCAGAUCAGGCCCUUGGUCCCACUGAGUUUUGCUGAAAGCCAAGCCAAGAGUCUGCACUUUGGGGGCAGUUCAGUCAUCAUUUACACUGGAGUAGAUACAGCCUGUUGAAUAGACAUUGGUUUAGUGGUUAAUGACACACAGCCAGCUUUCAGUUUAAAAUCUCAUUGUUGUGCAAUCCCUGCUUGUGUUGUUACGUUGAACUGAACAACGUUUAUGCUUCCCACAAAGUUCUUUAUGCUCACUAGAUCACACUGCCAGUACUAAAAGUCCCCAUCUGAUUGUCAUUUGAAGGACAGCGUGGGGCUUGUUUGCCUUUCUUAGUUUGGUUCACUGGGCAAGACUUUUGGGAGAGGGUUGCCUUAGAUAGUUCUGCAGGUGUGGCAGGUCUUAAGAUUGCUCUUGAUGCCAGCUAUGAGCAGUUUUGCUGACAUUAUAAAGUGGGAAGGAUGUGGUCACUCUUAAAAGAACAACUUGAUAACAGGUUUCUGCAGAGGUGAUGAGUUGUAUCUCCCGCUCUCCCCACACUCUCUAUCAAUGACCACAAGAUGGACUUGGACUCUGGGACUUGGAUUUUAUUGUCAGAUGGAGGCAAUCAGGACUUGAUUUCUUGAACAGAUAAUGCUUUGUUGUCCUGGCCACAGUUCCAAUAGACACCACUAGGCUUGCCAGCUUUUGAUCUGGAGACUGCACCUGUUGCUUCAACACCUGCGAGGUGGUGAGGCCUUAUUUCAGACUGUAGGCGAAGGAAUUGCAUGUUUCAGGGCUCUGCCAUCUUAGCAACAUCCCCACAAAAUGGAAAACGAGGAUGUUUGAGAGAAGUCUAGGCUGCAGCUCCCUCUCUGAAGUAGUUGCCCGGGCUCAGGAAACAAUUUUUUUUGGAAAAGUAUUUUCAUGGGCAGUUUCUUCCGCCUUCAGCCUGCAAUGUUAACAUGAUUAUGCUAACUUUGGGAACAGUGUCUCCUUCCCCCGAGCUAAAAUUGCCAGAUUGUGAAAUCUGAGUCCUGCUUGCUAUGGCAGGCAAAGCAGCAUGGACCGAAGAUGUACAGCAGACCCAGGCAGUGGUUGCCAGAACAGCAGGGUGGUGUGGCAUUACUCACCUGCCAUCCAUCUCAACAUGGAGGUUGCUGGUAGAGGCGAGGGAGGUCAGCGCACUGCGGGAGCAGCAGCAGAGCCAAUCUGACGCUGUGUCCACGCCAACCUCCUCUCCUCUCCCUCUCGGCUCUUGGUAGAAUCCCCCAUGUUGGAUAGCCAGGUGGGCAACGCCACUCCACCAGCCGCUACUGUGCACAGGACACAUUGGCCCUAAACGGUGUCUUCACCUACCACCCAAGGCUGUUAAAGCUAUCAGUUGUGCCUGCAGAUCUUUUGCCGCAAAGGCCACCCCUUCUUUUUCUCCUCACUCGCUGGUUCCAUCACUCUCAAACUACAUUGCGAAAUGAACACCGGGCUCAAAGUCACCUGCGCACGAGAAAGCUGCUUGGGAACUGCUUUCUCGUGGCCCUGUCCCAUGUGAUUGGAGUGUGUGUGUGUGUGUGUGUGAAUGGCACAGCCAUGAGGCAUUGGCCAGCUGCCUAGCUCUUCCCAGCUGGUUGUGGCAUGCUGGCAAUCAGGUGCGAAACACCAGUCAGCCUCCAUGUCCAUUUCCAGUUUUCACGCAUGCCUGUGACGACUGCAUGGAUUGCAUCAUGGGGAAGUAAUUUAGAUGGAGGUGCAUUUGAAAGGCACCGGAGCAAGCUAACCAGGCAGCCUUUGGCCGAGAACGGCUGCUUCAUUACUACCGUUAAUGAAGUUGCCUUUUGAAACAUGAAAAUUGGCUCUCGUUAGAAAAUCUAUGAGCCAUGCUGGUCUACUAAGCUGGUAAUCCAAGUAUCCUCCCUUUUAUGCUGGCCAGUACCAGAAGCAUCUAGGAGUCCUUCCUUUUUUAAAAAAAGAAAGAAACAGAAGGGGGGAAAAAAAACUUUGUAUAUGCUGUGACUUCCAUGUACAUAUAAAAAAUAUGACUGCAUUCUAACCAAACUUCCUCCAAUUGUGCACUGUGUUUGUUUUUAAAGGAAUCAUGAACUCCAAGCUUGAUAACCAGUUCAUGUCUCUCUCUUUUAAUUUAAAAAACGAAACAAAAAACACUACGUUUCUUUUGCCGACUUGGAUAAUUUUUCUUAAAGCUAUGUUCUUUUAAAAAAGAAAGAGAAAAGAAACAAAAAAUUCAAACCGCAAUCACUGGAUAGUUAAUACAUUACUUCUUCGUCUUCUUUUUCCUUUCCCCCCUUUUCUUCUUCAUCAUCUUUGUCUGAGAGAGCAAAAGGUCGCUGGGACUGAUUUUCUCUUUUCUCAAUGGAUAAGUGAAAUUGUAGCCAUCGUAUGGCUAAGAACAAAUGCACUUGAUCGUCCUUGCACAGGCCUGUGAAACAUGCACCCAUCCUGGCUUCCCAGGCACGCCUUGCAAAGCAGCAGGAUCUUUGAUAAAAAUGUGGCGUUUGUGCCACAAAAAUACAAAUUCUACCCAAGAAAUUGGCAGGCUGCAUCUUGGGCUCUUUGUUUUCCUUACAGGCCUGGUUUUAGCAGCUCUGCUCUUCUUGCUGGAGCUCAAGCUUGGAAUCUUCCAGUGGAGACAAAAAAAAUUAAAUUAAAUGCUUAGAAUUUAUUGUUUUCAGUUGUGUAACUCUUGAAUUAAAAAAGACAAAAAAACCCCACACAAAAAUGUUCUUUUUAACACUCAUUCUCGUUUCCAUCUAGUAUUUAAUGGUCUUUGGAGAAGAAAUAAUAAUAAUAAUAAAAAAACAGAGUGUUAUAAAAUAUAUAUAUUUUUUGGUGCAAGAUGAGACUUUCUGUUUUUUUUGGAAACAAGUCUGUAGCAUAAAGUUUAAACUAUUUUAAGACAAAAUAAAAUAGAGUGGAUUAUUU